UCCAUGGGACUCUCAAGAGUCUCCUCCAGCACCAUAAUUCAAAAGCAUCCAUUCUUUGGCAAUCAGCCUUCUUUAUGGUCCAGCUCUCACUUCCAUACAUCACUACUGGAAAAACCAUGGCUUUAACUAUACAGACCUUUGUCGGCAAGGUGAUGGCUCUGCUUUUUAAGAUGCUGUCUAGGUUUGUCAUUGUUUUUCUCCCAAGAAGCAGGCGUCUUUUAAUUUCAUGACUGCUGUCACCAUCUGCAUAAAAUACCAUAGAUUGUUUUAAUUAGCCAAAUGCCUGGAAGAAGAGGAAUGUUUGUGCCCGGUGCCUAAAGAUCUAUUCUUGAUCUUGUAAAUGUGUGUACUAUUUGACUGCAAAAAAGGCCUCAGAGCAGCUUACAAAAGUUAACAGUAAAACCAAGAAAAAAACAACUUCAAAAGUUAAAAUACCAAAACAGGGUGAAAUUACUUCAACUUUCUAAGCAUAUCUUGCAUUCCACACACAUAAGGAAGGUAACCCAAUUUAUUAUGCUGAGUGUGUGCUGGGAAAGAGGCUGGGGAAAACUGAAAAGUUAGUUCUAGUUACAGGGUAGCUGUGUUGGUCUGACAUAGUCGAAACAAUAUUUAAAAAUUCCUUCCAGUAGCACCUUAGAGAUCAACUAAGUUUGUUAGAGAUGGAUGCAGGUGACGCUGUGGGUUAAACCACAGAGGCUAGGGCUUGCCGAUCAGAAGGUUGGCGGUUCGAAUCCCCUCAACGUAGUGAGCUCCUGUUGCUUGGUCCCAGCUCCUGCCAACCUAGCAGUUUGAAAGCAUGAAGUGCAAGUAGAUAAAUAGGUACCGCUCCGGCGGGAAAGUAAACGGCAUUUCCAUGCGCUGCUUUGGUCCGCCAGAAGCGGCUUAGUCAUGCUGGCCACAUGACCUGGAAGCUGUACACCAGCUCCCUCGGCCAAUAAAGGGAGAUGAGCACCGCAACCUCAGAGUCGUGUGCGACUGGACCUAACGGUCAGGGGUCCCUUUACCUUGAAGUUUGUUAUAGGUAUGAGCUUUCAUGUAUCUGAAGAAGUAUCCUAACAAUACCAAUAACAAACUUAGUUGAUCUCUAAGGUGCUACUGGAAGGAAUUUUUUCAAAAGUUAGCGUUCUGUGUAUGUUGACAGUUUAACGGACAUUGUGAAAGGCAAAAUAGGGUAUUUGAGAAAUAAAGCAAGCUUUAAAAAAAAAAUAUAGCAGGGACCUGAAUUCAUAAUUGUGGGUGGGAAUGGGCUAUUCGCAUUUAAAUGCGUAUAUUUCAUGACUAAAAUGCUAUUUAUGUGUGUUUAGUACAACCCGCUAUUUUUUCAAUUCUUUAAAUUAAAUACCUGUUCUGGCAAGCUCCAUUCUGUUUAUGUGGGACCAAGUGAAAGGGGUAAUAAACGUAUACUAUUUCAAGGGUUUCUCUAGCACAUGGCAUUGUUUAUUUUUAUGGUUUCAUUCCAUCCUUUACACUGUUAGCAAAACAAAACGAAUUAAAAAAACCCCCGCCACGCCUAAUAGCAGCUGCGCUCCCUUGACUUUGCUUGCAGACACGUUGCGAUUGUAAGCGCUUUUAAUGGGAUGAAAUAAUAACUGCCCCAAAUCAGAGCCUGCGCUGAAAAAACAAAAGAAAAAAAGCCCUCGGUUUCCCUUCCAUGGGCGGGUUUCUCUAACCUCGGGGAGGGAAAGAAUUAAAAAAAAAAGAAGUCUACAGAAGCCGGAAGUUGAGGCGGCGUGUCACUCUACCCGUUUCCUCUCUCUAGGGUGGCUACCUUUGUGCCCGACACCGGAAGUUCAGGCAGGGUGUCUCUCCGGCGUCUCUCUCCGUAGGAUGGCUACCUUUGUGCCACGUCUUGGCGCAGGCGCACUGGCGGCGCUGCUGGCUGCUGACGGGAGCUGACGCGGCCCGAGGAGAGGAGCCGCGGCCUAGCGAGCCUGGCGAGGCGGGGAAGGCCGGCCGGGGAAGAUGAACUUCUUGCGGGGCGUCAUGGGCGGCCAGAGCUCCGGGCCCCAGCCCUCCGGAGCCGAGACGGUGAGUCCUCCGCCGGGGAAGUUCGCUUAGGUUCCCCCUCCCCCGGCGGCGACCCGGGUCGCCCUUCCCCGGCGAAGUCCCUCCCUUGGGGCGCCCGGUGGCCUGACGGCCGGCUCCCUGUUCCACUCGCCCUUCCUCACCGCCCAUCACGUCAUCGGGUCUGAUUCACACGUUACGUGUAACACGCGUGUUUUGGCCUUGCGUGUACACAGCCUGUUCGUCGCUAUGCUUUUCAGUGUGGUUUUUAAUAACACUGAUUCUCGGGGGAAGGGCGGUAUGCAGGCUUGAUAUAUGGCGAUGGUAUUAUUAUUUUAUUUCUACAUUGGGCCGAUGAACAUCUUGUUGUUGUUUAGUUGUUUAGUCGUUUAGUCGUGUCCGACUCUUGGUGACCCCCUGGACCAGAGCAUGCCAGGCACUCCUGUCUUCCACUGCCUCCCGCAGUUUGGUCAAACACAUUUAUUAGCUUCGAGAACACUGUCCAGCCAUCUCGUCCUCUGUCGUCCCCUUCUCCUUGUGCCCUCCAUCUUUCCCAACGUCAGGGUCUUUUCCAGGGAGUCUUCCCUUCUCAUGAGGUGGCCAAAGUCUUGGAGCCUCAGCUUCAGGAUCUGUCCUUCCAGUGAGCACCCAGGGCUGAUUUCCUCCAGAAUGGAUAGGUUUGAUCUUCUUGCAGUCCAUGGGACUCUCCAGAGUCUCCUCCAGCACCAGAAUUCAAAAGCAUCAAUUCUUUGGCGAUCAGCCUUCUUUAUGGUCCAGCUCUCACUUCCAUACAUCACUAAUGGGAAAACCAUUGCUUUAACUAUACGGACCUUACAUCCUUUCAAAGAUGUUGGGGGCAUGGUUAUUAGUUUGUUCUUUUUCAUGUGUUCUGUGCUUUUAUGCUGUGAGCCAGCCUGCGAUCUUCGGGUGGAAGGCAGUAUGCAAAUUAAAUAAAUAAUGCCACUUUGCCAUUUACCAACCACUGUUUGACCUCAUCUGCUUUUUCAAACUUGCUGUCCCACCCACUGUCAUGUCCAUUUAUUUGGUGUGAAGGACCUUAUUUGUCUUCCGUAUAGUACUACUUUACCAGGCCUUUCCAUUUAAUAAGAGAGAGUUUUGGUAGGUACAUCUUUGCUAGCUCUACGCUACAGUUUGCUAAAAUGCUUUCUACAUUUGUGUGAUCAUAUAUUACCCAAAACACUUGUUACCACUCUUUCCUGUCUCCUUUCUCCCCAGUAGUGACAUAACUUGAAUACAAAAUAAUUUACCAGACUGACUUCUUGUACAGUGUUGUGUAACUUGUGUGUGGGAGUUUGGAUUUAUGUCACACUAUAAAUGAGGGUUUAGUAACCUGUGAUUCUGCAUAUGAUGAACACCCAGCACACUUCAUAUGGUCAUAUGGACAUCAAAUAUGAUACCAAUAACUCCCCAAGAAGUAGUACAAUCGAAAAAUUGAGGGGGGGUGUCUAUAAAAAGGUCCACAACUUUCAGAUUUUCCUUAAAAAAAGCUGAACAAUUAAAAGCUCAACAACUUUUGGGUGUCCUGGUUUUUACUUUUUGAAAUAUGGCAACCCUCUUGUUGGAUGAUUUAUGAAAGAUUUCUGAUUCCCAGUUGUUUAACAACAGUGUGGUUUCCAUACUUGCAAAGGAGGCAAAGUCAUUACAGUAGGGCCACAGAUUUUUCGUUGCCCAAGAGCAUCUUAGCUUGUUCGGUUCUUGACCAUGUUUCAGACCAGGUGAGUAUUUCUCAACUGCAGGAAUCUCCUUUCCAUGGAAGUUAUCUCAGUGCAGAGGCUGCAAUAAAAGAUGAUGUUUUGUGGCCUUUGAUCGAAGGAGAAACAACUCCCUGCAUUUUCUGAGUGUUCCCAGUAUGUAUCACUUUGUUUCUCAGAUACGCUGCCAGGAAAGUAGCCACUGCUUUGCUGUGCUAAAAACUUUUACGUGCAUCUUCAUGUUGAGUACUAAACAAAAACCUAUUGUCUGCAAUUAAUAGUGUGUGGGUGUAGGUCUUAACUUGUUUCACUGAAAAAUCAACUGUUUGAGACACAAAAGCCACAUCAUGUAGAGCUCCAUUUGCUUUCCCCUGUUUUCUUUUAAAAAGCUAUUUGAGUAUUGAUAGGCUGCAAGUCUGAGAGAAGGAUGCAUCGAGAGAGCUUAUUUUAAUCGUCUUUCCCCCACCAGUUGCUUAUCAGUUUAUAACCCCCCCCCAAAAAAGCAGCUUUGUUCACCUGUGUCAGGAAAACAUAUGGGUAUCCUGUAGCGCUCCUCCCCACUGUUGAGCUGAAACAGGACUAAGUGUUAAUCGUCUUUGCCUGCUCAUUUAUCUUUCAAGAUUUGCAGCAUGCCCAGAUUGAUUCUGCUUUGUAUUUUAAAACAAUAUGGAAAGGCGAGACUUCAUGUCAAGCCUAAAAUGCUGCAGUAUGCUAUUAUAAGGAACAGGAGAACUUUGGGAUGGAUAUUAGAGUGUAGCAAAACGUUUGGGCCAUAGCUCAGUGAUAGAGCACCUUGUAUGCAGAAGGUCCCAUAUUGAAUCCCAGGUAGGGCUGGGAGAUCUGCUGUCAGUCAUUGUGGACCAGUGUUCUUCAGCCUUGGGUCUACAGCUGCGUCAUCUCCAGAAAACUUACCGUAUUUUUCGCUCUAUAAGACGCACCAGACCACAAGACGCACCUAGUUUUUGGAGGAGGAAAACAAGAAAAAAAAUAUUCUGAAUCUUAGAAGCCAGAACAGCAAGAGGGAUCGCUGCGCAGUGAAAGCAGCAAUCCCUUUUGCUGUUCUGGCCUCUGGGGUAGUUGCGCAGCCUGCAUUCGCUCCAUAAGACGCACACACAUUUCCCCUUACUUUUUAGGAGGGGAAAAGUGAGUCUUAUAGAGCAAAAAAUACAGUACCUAAUGCUCAGGGAAGAUGACCGCUGAAUGGUGUUUAUGUUGGUAUGUACUGUGUAUAUGCACACAUAUACAGAUACAUACAUACACACACAGGGACGCGGGUGGCGCUGUGGUCUAAACCACUGAGCCUAGGGCUUGCCGAUCGGAAGGUCAGCGGUUUGAAUCCCUGCGAUGGGGUGAGCUCCCAUUGCUCGGUCCCUGUUCCUGCCCACCUAGCAGUUUGAAAGCACACCAGUGCAAGUAGAUAAAUAGGUAUCGCUCCGGCAGGAAGGUAAACGGCGUUUCCGUGCGCUGCUCUGGUUCUCCAGAAGCGUCUUAGUCAUGCUGGCCAUGUGACCCGGAAGGUGUCUGCGGACAAACGCCAGCUCCGUCGGCCUAUAGAGCGAGGUGAGUGCACAAACCCCAGAGUCAUCCGCGACUGGACCUAACGGUCAGGGGUACCUUUACAUACACACACACGGGCAUAACUUGGGUGAGCAAGCUAUAUUAUUAAUAAGCAUAACAGGAAAACACCUGAGGGAGUGAAAAUACUUUGUAGAAAUAUAUGCUUCUAAUAUCUUUAAAAUGAAAAACUUGUAGUCUUCCUUGGUUCUUGAUCUGCACCAUCUUUUCAUUGAAUAGAUGUUGAAUAGUUGAUGCUUUAACAAAACAAGUGAGUCUUGGCACAUGCAAGUUCAAAAUUCAUUAUUUAAAAAAUUUAUUUGGAUGUGGGGUAAAGGUAAAGGUACCCCUGACCGUUAGGUCCAGUCGUGGACGAUUCUGGGGUUGCGCGCUCAUCUCGCUCUAUAGGCCGAGGGAGCCGGCGUUUGUCCGCAGACAGCUUCCGGGUCAUGUGGCCAGAAUGACUAAGCCGCUUCUGGCGAACCAGAGCAGCGCACGGAAAUGCCGUUUACCUUCCCGCCGGAGCAGUACCUAUUUAUUAUCUACUUGCACUUUGACGUGCUUUCGAACUGCUAGGUUGGCAGGAUCUGGGACCAAACAACAGGAGCGAACCCCAUCACGGGGAUUCGAACCGCCAACCUUCUGAUCGGCAAGCCCUAGGCUUGGUUUAGACCACAGUGCCACCCACGUCCCAUGGAUGUGGGUUAAGCAUUCCUAACUAUAAUUCUAGGUUUGCCCCUUUUUUCCAGAGUCUACUGGUAGUAUUCAGCUAAGUUUUACUCAGAGUCGACCCUCUGAAAUUAAUGGGUCCAACUUAGCCAUGGUCAUGCAUUCAGUGCAGCUUAGUUGAAUGCCACCCUGUGGUGGGGGGAAGGAUUGCAGCACAGUGGUAGGGCAGAUGUUAUGGAUACAGAAAGUUCCAGGAGUCAGACUUUGGCAUCUCCAGGAAAGGCUGAGAAGGACUCGUGCCUGAAACUGACCACGGUCUGACCUUGAUACUUGCUUUUGCAUGAGGCUGAUGGAACAGUUUGAGCUUCAACUCGGGUAAAGUUUCAGCGGUGGAACAGCUCAAAGAUGAAGUGAGGAGAAGAUAUUUACAAACAACAGAGAACUUUCUGAAAUACUUCAAUUUUAUUUCUCUUAUAGAUUCAGAAAUUAUGUGAUAGAGUAGCAUCUUCAACCUUACUUGAUGAUCGCAGGGAUGCUGUACGUGCACUAAAAUCUCUUUCAAAGGUAUGUAUGUUUUGUCCCUUACAUGAAAUUUUAAUUGUGUAUGACACCAGUGUGGUGCAGUGGUUAAGAGUGGUAGUCUUGUAAUCUGGGGAACUGGGUUCGCUUCCCCGCUCCUCCACAUGCAGCUGCUGGGUGACCUUGGGCCAGUCACACUUCUCUGAAGUCUCUCAGCCUCACUCACCUCACAGAGUGUUUGUUGUGGGGAGGAAGGGAAAGGAGAAUGUUAGCCGCUUUGAGACUCCUUCGGGUAGUGAUAAAGUGGGAUAGCAAAUCCAAACUCUUCUUCUUCUUCUUCUUCUUCACCUAAUAGUACUUGGUGGCAAUUUGAGAGUUCUGUAAUUUUCUUUUAGUUGUUACUUCUGUUCUUCAAUUUCACAGAAAUAUCGCCUGGAAGUGGGGGUUCAAGCUAUGCCUCAUCUUAUCCAUGUUCUCCAGACAGAUCGGUAAGCCUCUUAUGGAAAAUCUAAAAGUAUGCAAGCAAGUGUUCUGCAUUAGUCACUUUUUCUGUUGUGUAGCAUGAGCUGCAAUUGAAUUCAAAUUAAUGUGAAAAUGAUGAAAUUGCACGGUUUUUUUAAAUAAGAAAGCAAUUGCCAAAAUCCAAAACAUCAAUUUGUUUUCAGUUAACCUCAGCAAGUCCAAAAAGCGUUUAAAAAUAUCAGUUUUGUAUUUGGAAAGAUUAAGAGCAAUAAUAGCCAAUAAGACCGGGGAAGGCAACCUAAGGCCUGGGGGCCGGAUGCGGCCCAAUCGCCUUCUCAAUUCGGCCAGUGGACGGUCCGGGAAUCAGCGUGUUUUUACAUGAGUAGAAUGUGUCCUUUUAUUUUAAAUGCAUCUCUGGGUUAUUUGUGGAGCCUGCCUGGUGUUUUUACAUGAGCAGAAUGUGUGCUUUUAUUUAAAAUGCACAGGAAUUCGUUCAUUAUUUUUUUCCAAAAUAUAGUCUGGCCCACCACAUGGUCUGAGGGACGGUGGGCCGGCCCACAGCUGAAAAAGGUUGCUGACCCCUGAAUAAGACAGUCACAGCCCCAUAAGAGAUACCAUAUUUGGAUCUUCGCAGCCUUACAUCAAUGCUACAGCCUUUUAUUUUGCUGCUGCUAAUUAGGCCACUUUUACUAUUUGUGUGGAUGAUUUUAUUUUUUGGAAUGUUAGUGCUUUUCAUUCAGUGAGAGAUUGUGCUUGUAUUCACAGUUCAGAUUCCGAAAUAAUUGGCUAUGCUUUGGAUACACUCUACAAUAUCAUUUCGAAUGAUUUGGAAGAGGAAGAACAAGGUAUACACUUGCUUUUUUAUAUUAGCUUCUUAACAACUAGAUGAAUAAGCAUGCCCCAUUUUUUGGUUACCUAGGGCUCAGUAAGCUUGUCAAAACACAUAUGCCCACUUUCUGAAUACUUGAAGUAACCAGGACAAUGAAUGCUCUUUCCAUCCGUAUGGUAAAACCAGCAGCUGGUUGGUUGCAGCUGUUGGAUUUGUAGCAACACUCUGUGGAGCACAGUAAAGUUACUGAUCUUCAGACAGAACGACACAGGUUUAGCUGACCCGAUCAUUUCAGAAGUCAGUGAAGGACAUUCAUCAAAAGGAAAUGAGAGCCCUUCAUAGGUUACACAAAUAAGAGGAAGACAGAAGGAAACAAGUGACUUGAACCACAGGAGGUUUUUUGCUUGUAAUUGUGGAGUAGAGUUUGCAGAUCUCUCCCAGGGUCAUAUUCCUGAGAUCCAAAUGAUGGCUCGUUAUGAAUGAGAUUAUGAGUUUCUCCACUAAAGAAGUGGGAAAACAGGAGUUGCAAAUGCUACUGCUUCCUCUCACAGUUUGCUAAGAUCUAGGGAUUGCAUUAACAUGUGACAGGGCCAAAUUUGGCCACCCACUCUUCUGUACCUUGUCCCUAUCUACCGUUCAGAGCCUUUGGUCGUGUUCUUAGUGCUAAUGCACUGAGAACUACUGUACUUCCUAAGACCUAUACUAGGUGCCAGGUUAAAAAGGUAAAGGACCCCUGACAGUUAAGUCCAGUCGCAGACGACUUUGGGGUUGUGGCGCUCAUCUCACUUUACAGGCCGAGGGAGCCGGCGUUUGUCCGCAGACAGUUUUCCGGGUCAUGUGGCCAGCAUGGCUAAGCCGCUUCUGGCGCAAUGGAACACUGAAACCAGAGCAGCGCAAGGAAACGGUGUUUACCUUAUCGCCAGAAGUAUUUAUCUACUUGCAUUUUUUGGCGUGCUUUCGAACUGCUAGGUUGGCAGGAACUGGGACAGAGCAACGAGAGCUCACCCCGUUGUGGGGAUUCGAACCACCGACCUUCUGAUCGGCAAGCCCCAGAGGCUCAGUGGUUUAGACCACAGCACCAUCCACAUCCCUUACAGGUGCCAGGUUACACACCACCAAAUACUUUUCAUGUCCCUGCUGAUCCUCCAAAUUUGUACAAGUACAACAGUUUAUGGCAGGCAUAGGCAAACCGGCCCCCCAGAGUUCUUGCAGGACUUUUAAUGCUUUUCCUGAUGAGUUGGAGGUCAGCUAGGUUUUUGAGAAGCUGUACAAUGUUUACAAACUAAAAGGAAGAAAAUCAUGAUGAAAAUAGCUGUACAGAGCUUCUUACUUUUUACGUGAAUUCAAGAUAGAAAUGCUUGCAAGUAGUUUUCUAGAAUAUUUCAUUUUAUGUGGAAUAAUGGAAUGUGCAUUGACAGAACUUUCAAUUCGGCCUCGUUGCACUGUAUAGGUAUAUUUGAAUGUGCCAAAAUAUUUACUUGCAUGAGUAUAUCUUGCUGGUUCUGGUACUGAUUCUUCAGAAGUAAUUUUCUGAAUUUUUAGCUACUAGAUUGUGCAGUGCAAACCGAGGAAGGAAUGUUGAGAAUACUUUGUAUAUUCUGCGAGCAGAUGAUUAUUUAUUUGUUAAAUACUUAAAAUUGAACUCUGCUUUGAACCACCAGAAUGCCUAACGAAACAAUAAAAGAAAGAAGGGACAUAGGCAAACCAGUGGAUUCAGUUACGUUACAGUUAUAUACUACCCAGAUUGGAAUGAUAACUUUUACAGGCAGUCCAGGGAGGGAAGAAACAAGGGGCAGUUGCCCCCAGUUAGGCCAAUUUUGGAGAGGGCUAUGCCAGCAUAUUCGCCAUCAGGAGGGCUGUCUCCUCACUCUUGAUGGCGAAUAUGCUUUGAUGACAGUUGGCCAAACCAAGGCAUCCCAUGGGAGGCGGGGAGAACAGGGACACACCUGUUUCUUUAGAGAGUGUAGAAACAUCAGCGUAGCGAUCAAGGCUUAGGGAGGACAAGAUUGUGGAAUCUUUGCUGGGCCUCCAGAGGAUGUUUUUAACUAAAUUUGUUUAGGGGUGCCUCAGUUAAACUAAUCAAGUAACCACUGUAGUGAGCAUUGAUCUGUAGUUCUUCCUUUUGAAAUCAGUUUUAUGCCAUUAACCAAUCUUUUGUGCCGUACUAAAUUGAAAUCUGCUUCAUUUUUGAAUCUUUCUCUCUUCUUGUCUGCCUUUACAGAUGAUUCUGAAGGUAAAGCAACCUGAAUUUAUAUUAGCAUGGUGUGUCUUUAGCUAUAGUUCUAAGCAUUAACUGACUCACAACACCAUUAAUCGGUUUUUAAAAGGAUACUGUGUAGACUUUUGCAAGUGUUUUAGCCCUCUCUUCUUAACACUUUUAAAUUUUGCAUCUGUUUUGGCCCCUUUCAUGUCAAAGGGGAGCCAUGUGACUGCUCAAAUUGAUAAUUGAUGGAGAGAAAUGUGUCUUGUAACGUUAGAUACUGAAUUAAAAUACCUGAAAUACUUUUCCAUUUGUUACUAAGAUUGCUGAGUUCAUUAUGAAGGGGGCAAUAUGAACACCCAGUGUUCAGAAAUAAUUGCUGAAUUGCAAAUAUUUUAUAGCAGUUGAAGUUCAAAAGUGUAUUUGUUGCAGUGUCCUUUUUAAACAACGCUGUGUACAUGAGCAUGCAUCUUAACAGCCCUUUGAUUCCAAGGUCCACUUGGAAUCAUGUUGCAGGCAUCUUCUGUAAUAAAAACUUUUAUAUCAAAUGGCUAAUCUUAAAAUACUUCAUCGCAAUACUGUACUAAUGAUGUCGAAUACAUUGUAACCUGGUUAAUAGCAUAAUAUUGAUAUGCAUAUGAGGCUUUCUUGCUAUUAACAUAUUAUUUUGCCUGUAUCCUUUCCUGGAUUUUCUCUUGUCAGUUUAUUUUAACAUUUUGGAAGAUAAGGAAUAUAAUGUUGGAAUAUGGCAUUGGCAUAUUGGUUGGGUUUUAGCCAGUGCUAGUCCUACUCAGAGUAGACCCACUGAAGUUACUUUACACGACUAGCUUAGGUUGAUUUCACUGGGUCUAUCCGUGUGUAGAACUUGGUUGGCUACAGCCCACUGGAUUUGAGGUCAACUUUGAUGAUCAGUGUCCUCAAAGCUGGGGGAAAAUUGAUGGUAUUGAGGAAUUUUAACUUUCAGAUUUGUGUGUCCAGUGGGACAAAUGGACAAAAUUGCAUGCUUCCAUUGUGGCUGUGGCUGCCAAUACUGUCUUAACUCUCCUCUGGCAGCCCCUUCCUGGCUUUUCCCUAGCCCUUUCUCCUACAAACAGAGUGACUGGUGGAGUGGAGCAAAUUGAAGAGAGGCUUGCCCUUCUGAGGUCAAAGAAGGGUUAUGGCUAGCAGGAAAGAAGAUUUGCCUGAGGAAUAGAGGUUAAAAGGAGCUGGAGGGGAUAAGGAGGAAAACAGGAUGAUGGCUCCUCCUGAACCUGGUGCGACUUAGAAGAGCAGAAAAUGGGGCUUCAAGGGAACAGAGUCUGCCUAACAAGUCUCAAAGUGAACUAGGUAGAGAUGUAAAAAGGUAAAGGGACCCCUGACCAUUAGGUCCAGUCGUGACCGACUCUGGGGUUGCGGCGCUCAUCUCGCUUUAUUGGCCGAAGGAGCCGGCGUACAGCUUCCGGGUCAUGUGGCCAGCAGGACUAAGCCGCUUCUGGUGAACCAGAGCAGCGCACGGAAACGGCGUUUACCUUCCCGCCGGAGCGGUACCUAUUUAUCUACUUGCACUUUGACGUGCUUUCAAACUGCUAGGUUGGCAGGAGAGGUAGAGAUGUAGCCCAGCAAAAAAUAAGUAAGUAGAGACACGGGGCAAGCCAAAAGGGAGAGGUCCAUUUUCCUAACUCCUGGAAAGCCUAUCUCUGAAGUUGCCAUUGGAAGACCAAAGUCCCGCAACUAGACAAGAAGGCAGUAGCUAACAAGAGGACUGAAAAAAGCUGCUGCUUGAGGGAGAAGUACCUACUGCUUGAAGUAAAUACGUUGUCUAGAAGCAUAUAACGUACCUAUAACAACCUGCAAGAAGAAAUAAAAGCCCUCAACACUUCAGAUUUGAUUCUCAGGUGUGCUGGCUGGGAGCCAGUGGGCCUGGUCUUCAUAAUUCCUAUGUAUAAAUUGCUGAACGCCUUAUUUGGAAAGGUUACACCAGCCUUCUCUGAUUCUGUACCAAUUGUUGUUGUUGUUCAGUCGUUUAGUCGUGUCCGACUCUUCGUGACCCCAUGGACCAGAGCAUGCCAGGCACUUCUGUCUUCCACUGCCUCCCGCAGUUUGGUCAGACUCAUGCUGGUAGCUUUGAGAACACUGUCCAACCAUCUCGUUCUCUGUCGUCCCCUUCUCCUUGUGCCCUCCAUCUUUCCCAACAUCAGGGUAUUUUCCAGAGAGUCUUUUCUUCUCAUGAGGUGGCCAAAGUAUUGGAGCCUCAGCUUCAGGAUCUGUCCUUCCAGUGAGCACUCAGGACUGAUUUUCUUAAGAAUGGAUAGGUUUGAUUUUCUUGCAGUCCAUGGGACUCUCAAGAGUCUCCUCCAGCACCAGAAUUCAAAAGCAUCAAUUCUUCGGCAAUCAGCCUUCUUUAUGGUCCAGCUCUCACUUCCAUACAUCACUACUGGGAAAACCAUAGCUUUCACUAUACGGACCUUUGUUGGCAAGGUGAUGUCUCUGUGUUUGUCUAGGUUUGUCACUGCUUUUCUCCCAAGAAGCAGGCGUCUUUUAAUUUCGUGACUGCUGUCACCAUCUGCAGUGAUCAUGGAGCCCAAGAAUUACACGUGGUCAAAAUGGAGACGUUCUCCUUCCGUAUUGAAGAUCAUGCUGUUUCUUCUCCAUUGAAAAUGAGGAAUUAGCUAACACAAAUGAGAAGUUGUGACUAGGACAGGCCACAAGUAUAGCAUUGUCCAAACUGCAUAAAAUAUUUGGGCUUAGUUUAAUGAUAUGUUACGGCUGAACCAAGCUGUUCUGUCAUUUGUGUACAGUCGUUUAUGGAGGACUGUCCCCACCAGGCUUUUAUGAUACAAAACUCACUAUUUUCUCUUCAUAGCAAGAUACACAUGGAAUGGGAUAUGGUUAAAGUCAAAGGAGUCUUGGAUUCCUUUUCCAGUAGCAGAGCAAGAGUAUAGCUCAGUAAACCACAGGAGCUAAUAAAUUGGCAAUUUUGCUUGCACCUGUUUAGUAAAAAACACAAGACAAUGUUUCUCUGAUGCUUCAAGAAUAAAGGAAGUUCUACAAAUUGGGAAUGUUCUUUACUCAUGAAUAUGUGAAUCCUAUGGCAAAUAGGAUAUCACUUCUGUAUGGUAGUUUCUUCUUUACGUGGAGUCCCACAUGCAUGUUUUGUGGCUCUACGGUGCAACAUUUGGAAUCUGGGCAAUGAAACACUUUGGCAGCAGGCCUGUCCCCAGCCACAACUCAGAUCAUGGUUGCUACAGUGAUAACAUUGUCAGAACUUUCUCUUCAUUUUGAGCUUUUUUUAAAAAAAAAACUCCCCCUCCUUUUUUUAUUUAAGCUUUCUCUCUUUCAUUUUGCAUUUUACUUUACCUUGCUACCAUGUGCCUGCUGUGAUAGUAAGUUCCCCGUUUGUUCAGAUCACAGCUGUUAUCUGUUCUGUCUGGGGUGGUGGAUAAAGGUAAAGGUAAAGAAACCCCUGACCAUUAGGUCCAGUCGUGGCUGACUCUGGGGUUGCGGCACUCAUCUCGCUUUAUUGGCCGAGGGAGCCGGUGUACAGCUUCCGGGUCAUGUGGCCAGCAUGACUAAGCCGCUUCUGGCGAACCAGAGCAGCACAUGGAAAUGCCGUUUACCUUCCCGCUGGAGCGGUACCUAUUUAUCUACUUGCACUUUGACGUGCUUUCGAACUGCUAGGUUGGCAGGAGCAGGGACCGAGCAACGGGAGCUCACCCUGUCACGGGGAUUCGAACCGCCGACCUUCUGAUCGGCAAGUCCUAGACUCAGUGGUUUAACCCACAGCGCCACCUGCGUCCCACUGGGGUGGUGGAUACUUGCCACAAAUUCAUGAGACAGGCAUGCUGCGCUAGUGUUGGGCAAUCCUAUGGGAGCAGGCCCUCUCUCUGGUAGACACAGGCCCCUUUAGUGCUACCUAAGUGAAUGUGCCCUGUUUUGGCAUCACUGUUUUUCCUACUGACAAUUGAAGAAGAAGAGGAGUUUGGAUUUGAUAUCCCGCCUUUCACUCCCUUUAAGGAGUCUCAAAGCGGCUAACAUUCUCCUUUCCCUUCCUCCCCCACAAUAAACACUCUAUGAGGUGAGUGGGGCUGAGAGACUUCAGAGAAGUGUGACUGGCCCAAGGUCACCCAGCAGCUGCAUGUGGAGGAGCGGGGAAUCAAACCCAGUUCACCAGAUUACGAGACUACCGCUCUUAACCACUACACCACACUGGCUCUCAGUAAUCUUGAGGCAGUAAUCUUGGCCUGUCUGGCCAUUUUACAAGCUCCCAGGCCAGUUGCAGGUGCCAUGGCAGUGUCCCCUGAGGUUCUGCACCUGUGUCCUUGAUAUAGAAAUGCUUGUUUCUUUUUGUGAAUUCCAGAAGCCAGCCUUCCUUUUACAGUCGUACCUUGGUUGUCCAACACCAUAGUACUCAGAUGUUUUGGCUCCCGAAUGCUGCAAACCAGGAAGUGAGCAUUCUGGUUUACGAAUGUUUUUCAUGAGCCAAACAUCCGGUGCAGCUUCCAAACUGGGAAGCUCCUGCAGCCAGUCGGAAGCUGCGCCUUGGUUUUUGAACCGUUCUGGGAGUCGAAUGGACUCCCGGAACGUAUUAAGUUCAUCUACCAAGGUACCAGUCUGUUCAUUUUCUCUCUCUGAAUUUUUAAAAAAGCAACUGUUCCAAGAUAAGCUAGAUUUUCAUACUUCACUGCAGGGAACUGUACAUGUGAUCUCAUAUUAAAGGUAUCAUCCUUUGAGUAUGGUUAUGCUUUGAGCAUGAAUAUGCAUUUCCAUCAUAUCUGCCGUGUAAAGCAUUGCACAUCUCAAAUAAUUAUGUUUGUCAUGAACAUGCAAUUAUUAACACAUUGCCUCUGAGGAAAGUGGAGGUCUCAGUUUUUCUUUCUGCAUGUCACACCACUGAAUACAUAUGCUAAUUAUAAAGUUUUUGGGGAAUAAUGUAGAAAAUAAAUGAGUGGGGUGGACAAAAAACAAAGCCACUGUCCGGGUGAUGUAAACCAGGCAUGUCCAAAGUCCGUUUUGGGGGCUUAAUGUGGCUUUCUGAUCGAUUUAAUCUGGCCCCUGUGGCAGUAUAUGUCCUGGUGCAAAAUCCUAAAAGCUCCACAACUUCAAUCCUAAGAAAUCGGGCCCUCUUAGAAAAUUGUUUGGGCACCCCUGUAAACAGUCCAAAGUCAAUAAAUAAUACUAGCUAAAUGUGCAAAGUACAUUGCUAAACAAAACACUUGACCUCUUAGAGGCCUUUUUCUUGAUGUGAGCUUCAGGAAGAACUCCCCCUGCUGCCACCUGAUGUGAGAUUCUCCCAAAUUUGCUGUCAGUGGUGGGUCAGACAGCAGAUUCCUACAAGCUAACUUUCUAGCAGAUUUGCUAACGGGAUAAAGGCUUGGAGCAAAUAUUAUUUGGAUUCAUAAAUAGAUGCAACAUAUGCCACAGUAGUAAUAUUGCCAUGGUUGAUGCCUUAUUCCUAAAUGCCCAUAUGGAGUUUUAAAAAAUAUUUAAUGUUUGCAAAGAGCAGGCCCAAUGAAAUUAAUGUGAACAUCUGGAAGGAUAGCUGGGAUAGAAAUACUUCUAUUAAAUAAUGAACAAUUUAUUGGUAAAUAUAGCUCUCUCUUUCCUGACUGUCUUCAGCAUUUUUCAGCCAGUCCAUGUUAACUUUCACACCUGAAGUUGUGAAAUGUUCUAGUGCACAUUAAAUAUGUUCUGUAACAUUGAUUGGUGGAUGACAAUUAUUUUUUAAGCUAAAAUUUUUAUUACGUUUACUCAAAUAGUACUUGUUGGCAAUUACGGAGCUGAUUGAAGCUUUGCUGUAAUUGAACCUUUGUUAAUGUUACAGAAGAAAAUUCGCAGAAACAAACAGAAGACCUUGGAAGUCAAUUUACAGAGCUUUUCAUUAAACAGCAAGACAAUAUCACUCUUCUGCUGACCUAUUUGGAGGUGAGAACUGUUCUCCUUUAGUCAUAGAAUAAGCAUACAAAUUUGUUGGUUGAUAUUGCGGUGAACAAAGCUGUAUUAAUCUGGGGAGGGUGGAUCUUGUUCACUCCUUUUUACUGCUGUCUUCCCUACUUGACCAGCAAAUCCAGUCACAGAGCCAGGCUAGGGGAAAAGCAUCAUUUGAAGGGUUGUAGAGGAAGUGAUGUUUAACUGGGACUUGGGAAGUCAGGGGUUCCUAUCUUCAUUCAGUUGUGACGCUAUCUGGGGGAUUAGCUCAGUGUCACAUUGUGGGGAUAACAUGGAAGAGAAGAGCCCUGGUAGUUUGAGCACCUGGGAAGAAGGGCAGGAUAUAAAUGUAAAAAACAAUCCUUUCAUUUAAGUAGCAUAGCAACCUGUUCUCAAUUUCAGUGUGCCUUCAAGCUUUGUUAGAUCAGUCCAAGGGUUAAAGUAGAGUACCCAGGAACAGUAAUUGAAUUUUCAAAAUUAUACAUUAAUUGCACUAAAGUGGCUAAGCUAUGAACCAGAAAGUCCCUGCUGCAAAUUUUGCCCCUGUUGGGAGCAUACUAGGUAAAGUUAAAGGGACCCCUGACCAUUAGGUCCAGUCGUGACCGACUCUGGGGUUGUGCGCUCAUCUCGCUCUAUAGGCCGAGGGAGCCGGCGUUUGUCUGCAGACAGCUUCCGGGUCAUGUGGCCAGCAUGACUAAGCCACUUCUGGAGAACCAGAGCAACACAUGGAAACGCCGUUUACCUUCCCGCUGGAGUGGUCCCUAUUUAUCUACUUGCACUUUGACGUGCUUUCGAACUGCUAGGUUGGCAGGAGCAGGGACCAAACAACAGAAGCUCACCCGGGGAUUUGAACCGCCAACCUUCUGAUCGGCAAGUCCUAGGCUCUGUGGUUUAACCCACAGCGCCACCCGCGUCCCUCAGCAUACUAGAUGGCUGAAACAGGGGAAUAAUACUGGCCUGCCUUGCAGUAAGGAUUAUUGAUUAUGUGUAUGAAGUUCUAUACAAAUGUUGGUGAUGUUAUGAUUAUCUUAAUUUGGCUGUCAUUUAGACCAGAAAGUAAACUUCCUUUGACAGAAGCAGAGCAUAUCAUUUUGUGGCUGUUGUUGUUGUUUUUGGUAAAAUAAUAGCACAAAUAUUGGCCAGAAUAAUCGUAAGCAAUGAAAUACAGUGGAUUUUAAUGCUGAGGCAUGUUGACUUGCAGGAAUUUGAUUUUCACGUCCGGUGGCCUGGAGUGAAACUUCUUACAGUGCUAUUAAAACAGCAGGGCCCCCAAGUGCAGCAGAUAAUACUAGUCAGCCCCAUGGGUAAGUAUUUAUUUUAUUUUAAAACAUUUCUAUAUAGCUUUUCAGAUGCAGUGACCUCCCAAAGCAGUUUACAGUAAAAAAAUAAACAUCAGUAAAAAUCCAUACAAUAAAGCAAGGAAAGGCCAGCAAAAGAAAAACUUCUUAAGAACCAAAUAAAGCCAUCCAUCAAGGCAUACUAUCCUGGACACAUGAAAAGAUUUACAUCAUCAUAAACUUUAUUGCACUAGCCAAAGGCCAUGGCAUCAUUCACAAAGGAAACAAAAAGAAAAACAGCAAUAACCAUAAAAACAUCAGGCACCGCAAAUACAAUAAACCACGGUCACGUCUGUUAGAAAUUAUUUGUUGCAUACGACAGAAUAGCAGUUGGUUCUCAGAUAGAAUGGGCCGGCUUAAAUAUCCGAAUCACCUUUGCAACUGACCAGUAUUUUAUCUAGUUCUUUUCUCCUGAUCUUCUUAGCUGCCAACGCAUAUAGUGCUACUUUAUAAGUUACGAAGUCGUCAGUAUCACUCAGCAGCCAUGUCACCCUUUCCGUCCUGUUCAAGUGUGUUCCGUUCGUAAGCAGGGGUUUUAUAAAUCGGACUCUUGGUUCUAUAUAUAGCGGGCAUUGCAAUAAAUAGUGGUACAGGUCCUCUAUGUAAGUCUCUCCUUGUACUGUACUUUGCCAUAACGACCAUCCACCACCGCCGAGGGCAUCAAUUGGAAUCGUAAUUCUGUACAGUGGUACCUCGGGUUACAUGUGCUUCAGGUUACAGACACUUCAGGUUACAGACUCGGCUAACCCAGAAAUAGUACCUCGGGUUAAGAACUUUGCUUCAGGAUGAGAACAGAAAUCAUGCUCCAGCGGUGCGGUGGCAGCAGGAGGCCCCAUUAGCUAAAGUGGUGCUUCAGGUUAAGAACAGUUUCAGGUUAAGAACGGACCUCCGGAACGAAUUAAGUACUUAACCUGAGGUACCAUUGUAAAAGCGAUUCUUAGUACGGCAAGUGGGAGCUUUGUCAGAUAACUAGCUCGGAUGUGCUCCGUUUUGAUAAGUGGGAACCAUAGUGAACUUUUGGUAGAGGCAAUCGUGGUUAAAUCCCUUUCUGCAUCGGACUUGAAGAGACAAUCUCUUAAGUGCCUCUUAUCCAUCUUCAUGAUCACCUGAAGAUCUUGUACAGUGGUACCUCGGGUUAAGUACUUAAUUUGUUCCGGAGGUCCAUUCUUAACCUGAAACUGUUCUUAACCUGAAGCACCACUUUAGCUAUUGGGUUCUCCCGCUGCCACCACGCUGCUGGAGCACGAUUUCUGUUCUCAUCCUGAAGCAAAGUUCUUAACCCGAGGUCCUAUUUCUGGGUUAGCGGAGUCUGUAACCUGAAGCGUAUGUAACCUGAAGCGUAUGUAAUCCGAGGUACCACUGUAAUUGAAAUUGGGUCAAGAGGCGUUGGAUGCCAUGCUUCCAACAUUUGGUCUCUUCUUGUUCUGUGUGGGACAUAGCAGGGAAUCUCUCCUCCGAGAGAGAUUGAAGUCUUGAAAAGAUUUUCGCUGGUGCAGAAAAGAUAAAAUUAUGAACCAGACAAUCCUCUAUGGGGAGCACAUUCCAUUAGCAAGUGCCACAACUAAAAGAAGGUCCUAUUCUCCUUCUACACCCAUCCCACCAAGGGGUGUGGUGUGGUCCAGCAUCAGGGCUUCUAAGGAUGCUAAUAGUUAAGUCGAAUACUCUUGUGGUAGGUGGUCCUUGAAAUAGGUAAAGGUAAAGGGACUCCUGACCAUUUAGGUCCAGUCGUGGCCGACUCUGGGGUUGCGGCGCUCAUCUCGCUUUAUUGGCCGAGGGAGCCGGCGUACAGCUUCCAGGUCAUGUGGCCAGCAUGACUACGCCGCUUCUGGCAAACCAGAGCAGCGCAUGGAAACACCGUUUACCUUCCCACCGCAGCGGUACCUAUUUAUCUACUUGCACUUUGAGGUGCUUUCGAACUGCUAGGUUGGCAGGAGCAGGGACUGAACAACGGGAGCUCACCCCGUCGCAGGGAUUCAAACCGCCGACCUUCGGAUCGGCAAGCCCUAGGCUCUGUGGUUUAACUCACAGCGCCACCCGCGUCCCAGUCCUUGAAAUACUGUGCUCUAAAGCCAUUUACGGUUUUAAAGUUAAAAGCAGCACCUUCAAUUUGGCUUAGAAACUGAUCUGAAGCUAGUUCAGCUGUUCAAGACUGACUCACUAGGUAUAUUCAACAUGCCUGAUCCCACUGAGCACAGAAUACAGUGGUACCUCGGGUUAAGUACUUAAUUCGUUCCAGAGGUCCGUUCUUAACCUGAAACUGUUCUUAACCUGAAGCACCACUUUAGCUCAUGGGGCCUCCCGCUGCCACCGUGCUGCUGGAGCACGAUUUCUGUUCUCAUCCUGAAGCAAAGCUCUUAACCCGAGGUACUAUUUCUGGGUUAGCAGAGUCUGUAACCUGAAGCGUAUGUAACCUGAAGCGUAUGUAACCCGAGGUACCACUGUACAGCAGAAAAGUUACUGUCUAGUUUCUGAACUAGGCUGCGUUGCGGUAAUCCAAACAGGAUAUUACCAGGCUGUAAUUACUGUGGCCAGGCUAUUUUCAUCCAGGAGAGAUUCAUCAAUGUAAACGGGUGAAAGGUGCUUCAUCCCUUCAAGGCCACUUGACCUCUCAGAGAUAAGCCCAAUAGCAUCAUCCAACCUGUGAAUCCGAUGCUCUAUCCAGAGCAGCCUGAACACAUUUCUGCGUCUGAAAUGUAGCCAGAACAUCUGCUAGGCUGUAGUGAUACAAAGGGGAGCAUCCACAGCUUUUUAAGGUCUCUGAAUGCUGGUAAGCCAUUCCAGAAGUUGCUGUUUUCACAGGUUUUUUAAGUGUGACACAUCUCACAGUGUGAAUGCAGAAAUUAUUAGGUUCAGUUCUUGGCAUUUUUAGUUAAAUGGAUCUCCAUUUGUUGUUUUUUUAAAAAAAUGAUAUUUAUUCCAAGUUUAAAAUUACAAAAAGAGGAAAAAAACAGUACAAAAUACAAAGAAAAAUUUAACCAUAACAGAGCCAUAAGUAAAAAGAAAAAAUAGAACAAUAAAAUAGAAUAUAGAAGAAAAAAAAAGCAAGACAAAAAAUAUAAAAAUGCAUUAAAUUAAAAUAGAACAAAAACAGAUUAAACAUUUACAUAGCUUUUUCCCUUUACUUAUUUCCUUGACCUCCUCUCACCUCCCAAUUUUGUAUUCUAGUUCAGAUCAUUUUUUCAGCAAAUCCUUCCAACCUUAUUUUCAUUUACGUAUUUUAAUUUAAAAUAUUGUAAUUAAACAUCCUCUGUUUCAUCGAUUUCAUCAGCUCAUUUUUGCUUAAUCCUUUAUAUCAUAUCUACCAAAACUGCCUAAUUUUCUUUUUCCAACAUCUUUCUAACAGUCUUUAAUAUUACAAUAUGAUAUAUUUUAAAUUUUUUCCAAUCUUCUUCCACCGACCCUUCUCCCUGGUCUCGGAUUCUGCCAGUCAUCUCAGCCAAUUCCAUAUAGUCCAUCACUUUCGUCUGCCUGGAUCUCCAUUUGUAGGGCUGGGAAAGGCCUCUUGGUUGAGACCCUUGAGAUCCAUUGCCCGUUAGAGGAGAAAGUGUUUGGCUUUUAGCAGCAGGUUAAGGCUUUUGAGGAAUUAUGAUAAUCGUGUGUGUGUGUGUUUGGAGGAAUAUUGUUUUGCUAAACAUAAUACAGUGGUACCUUGGUUCUCAAACUUAAUCCGUUCCAAAACCAAAGCGUUCCAAAACCAAGGCGUGCUUUCCUAUAGAAAGUAAUGCAAAAUGGAUUAAUCUGUUCCAGACUUUUAAAAACAACCCCUAAAACAGAAAUUUAACAAGAAUUUUACUACCUAACAAGACCAUUGAUCCAUAACAUGAAAGCAAUAAACAAUGUCCUGCAGUCACACAAUCAAUCAAUCAGUAGCUGAACUGGGUUCCACACAGCCGCAAAAACAAAAAUGCAAAAUAAAUAGCAAAACAAGGCAGACCUCAGGGUAACACUCAAAACAGAAGUGUGGCGCUCAAAUCGAAAGCACAACACUCAAAAUGGAGCACAUUUGGCUUCCAAAAAAAGUUUGCAAACUGGAACAUUUACUUCCGGGUUUGCAGUGUUUGGGUUCCAAAGUUGUUUGCGUACCAAGGCAUUUGAGAACAAAGGGACCACUGUAGUUGUUUUUGUUGUAUAUGGAAGCCACCUGGAGACUUUCUGUAUGGCAAAUAAGUUGAAUAAAUAAUAGCAACAGCAAUAAUAAUAAUAAUAAUACUGUAUUUUCUGGCAUAUAAGACUACUUUUUAACCCAGGAAAAUCUUCUCAAAAGUUGGGGGUCGUCUUAUACACCGGCUACAGCAGCAGCUCCUGCAGCAACUCCCCACCAAAGGAUAAAACGACAGCAAAUUAAAUCAGAGGACACCAAGCUCUCUAGAUGAAGCAGAAAUACGCUUGAAAAUUGGCCCCAGAAGCCCCCGGCCACUGGGAAGUGGAGCGGAUUUCCGAGCCGGACUGGAGACUGGUUUUUAAAAUUUUUAUUUGGUGUGCGUUGGAAGAGGGGUAGUCUUAUACGGCGAGUAUAUCCCAAACUCUGUAUUUAAACUGGAAAAGUUGGGGGGGUCGUCUUAUACACCCAGUCAUCUUGUACGCCAGAAAAUACGGUGGUAGUAAUAAUAAUAAUAAUUUGCUUACCUUUUGACUUGCGUUAAGGCAGCUUUAUAGGCCUGGGCAUAACAAUAUUUUGUCAUGGUUCUCUCUUUUAGGCGUCUCAAGGCUGAUGGACCUGCUAGCAGAUUCUAGAGAGGUCAUACGGAAUGAUGUAAGUAGAAAAUAACAGAGUGUACAGUUGUAUCUAAUCAUAUUUUCAUUUUUAUUGCAAGUACAACAGAUAAAAAAAGGGGGGAUGGCAGCUUACAUUAACAAUAAGAGCAACGCAUCAGUCCUAAUUUAUAUAUCGAUAUAAGCAGUCCAUAUGUCCAAAUAGAUACCCAAACUAGAUUAUUGAUUGUAAGAUAUUUGUUCAAGUUUAAAAAGCGCAUUAAGAUCUUCAGGGCAUCGCAUAAUGGAUAGUGGGUGUUGAUCCUUCCAAUCCUGACAGUCACACGCACAGCAGCACACGCCGGCGCUCGUCUGAUUCUGCUGAAUGGGACCUUGCUCACUUGAACAUUGGUGUAUCAUUUAAAGCAUGGGUAGGCAAGGUAAAGGUAAAGGGACCCCUGAACAUUAGGUCCAGUCAUGGCCGACUCUGGGGUUGCGGCGCUCAUCUCGCUUUACUGGCCGAGGCGUACAGCUUCCAGGUCAUGUGGCCAGCAUGACUGACCCGCUUCUGGCAAACCAGAGCAGCGCACGGAAACACCGUUUACCUUCCCGCCAGAGCGGUACCUAUUUAUCUACUUGCACUUUGAUGUGCUUUCAAACUGCUAGGUUGGCAGGAGCAGGGACCGAGCAACGGGAGCUCACCCCGUGGCGGGGAUUAGAACCGCCAACCUUCUGAUCAGCAAGUCCUAGGCUCUGUGGUUUAACCCACAGCUCCACCUGCGUCCCCAUGGGUAGGCAAACUAAGGCCCAAAUCCAGCCCAUUCGCCUUCUAAAUCCGGCCCGCGAACGGUCUGAGAAUCAGCGUGUUUUUACAUGAGUAGAAUGUGUGCUUCUAUUUAAAAUGAAUCUCUGGGUUAUUUGUGGGGCAGUGGAAUUCGUUCAUUUCCCCCCAAAAAAUAUAAUCUGGCCCCCCACAAGGUCUGAGGGACAGUGGACCAGCCCCCUGCUGAAAAAGUUUGCUGACCCCUGAUUUAAAGAAACUGUGUUUUUUCCAGAGUUUAAGUUUUGCUGGUCACUUCUGUCUGCCUUUUUCUCCCAUAGGGUGUCUUGUUACUUCAGCAGUUGACAAAAAGUAAUGCAGCCAUCCAGAAAAUAGUCGCUUUUGAAAAUGCCUUUGAGAGGUUGUUGGAUAUCAUAACGGACGAGGGAAACAGCGACGGAGGUAUGCCUUGAAAGAUGUGCUCUGUCAUCAUAGCUUAUGCAGCACUGAAUGUCAGACAUGAACCAGUUCAGUUUCAGAUCUGGGUUAAGGAAUCCUGGUUAACCCUUUCCCAGCUUGCUUUCUUUGCAAUGUCUUACUGAAUUCUAGGGAACAAAGGGGGAGAAAAAAGAGCUUGAACAGCUUGUGGGUCAAAGCCUAAACCUUAUUACCUCAUUUUGUGGUGGGAUAAUGAAACUUAAUUUUAAAUAGCCAGUGCUCAUAGCUUCCUUCAUAGCCUAAAAGUGUGAUGGGGAAGCCAAUGGCAUUUAAUUAUGGUAGUGUGGUUUUAAUUUUACACUCUUUGCUCUUCUUACUCUUCACCUUGCUAAAUAUUGCAUUAAUUGUUUUUUGAAAGGUCUUGACUGCUUUCAGUAUCCUUGUUAGGGUUUGAAAACAGUCCAUGAAUGUUCUUAUAACUGAAAUAAAUAAAUAAUCUAGACAGAUGUACAUCAUAACAUAAGAAUUGGUUCUAAAAUGUAUUUACGUAGUGAAGGCCUUUUAGUAUCUCAUAAAAUUUUAGUGCCACAAAAUACUCAUUCUGCAUUUGUAAGAAAUCAUUCUUUUAGUGUGUCAGCCCCCACACUUUGGAGCUCCCUAACUCAUGAUAACAGAUGCCUUCACUGUAGUCUUUUCGGUGCCUAGAUGCUAGCAAUAGUAUUAUGCGGCGCUAAAAUUUUACGGAGUAAUUCUGACUAUUGAAACUAAUGUGCUUCGACGCUUCUGUCCUCUCAGGCAUAGUUGUGGAGGAUUGUCUUCUCUUGCUGCAAAAUUUGUUGAAGAACAACAAUUCCAAUCAGAAUUUCUUUAAGGAAGGUUCCUAUAUUCAGCGUAUGAAGCCGUGGUUUGAAGUUGGCGAUGACAAUUCUGGGUGGUCAGCUCAGAAAGUAACCAAUCUUCAUCUGAUGCUCCAGGUAAAUGCUUCUCAACAUAAUGUAAUGGCUAGCAAAGUGAGUUGAGUUCGGAUCUGUUGUGUUCACCUCUAUAUCAUGAUGAAGGUGUGCUUUGACUUUCAUGUAAUUCUACAUAGUUCUGUCUUGUGAAAAAGAAAAGUUCCUUGGGUGGUUUUUUAGUAUGUGUAUAUGACGCUAUAUAAAAUCCUUUUCAGCUGGUCCGAGUGCUGGUGUCCCCCACGAAUCCCCCGGGUGCCACGAGCAGUUGUCAGAGAGCCAUGUUUCAUUGUGGGUUGCUGCAGCAGCUUUGUACAAUCCUGAUGGCAACUGGAGUUCCUGCUGAUAUUCUUACUGAGGUAAGGGAGUAGAAGGAAGGUGGUGCAUUUAGUAACCAUAAACUCCGUAGCUGAGAACAGAUCUGAUCAGACAAGGAGAGGAUGGUAUGGAUUUGGAUGCUUUUAAGAGCAGGUCAGGGACGCGGGUGGCGCUGUGGUCUAAACCACAGAACCUAGGGCUUGCUGAUCAGAAGGUCAGCGGUUCGAAUCCCCACGACAGGGUGAGCUCCCGUUGCUCGGUCCCUGCUCCUGCCAACCUAGCAGUUCGAAAGCACGUCAAAGUGCAAGUAGAUAAAUAGGUACCACUCCGGCGGGAAGAUAAACAGCAUUUCCGUGCACUGCUCUGGUUCUCCAGAAGCGGCUUAAUCAUGCUGGCCACAUGACCUGGAAGCUGUACGCUGGCUCCCUUGGCCAAUAAAGCGAGAUGAGCGCCGCAACCCCAGAGUCGGUCACGACUGGACCUAACGGUCAGGGGUCCCUUUACCUUUAAAAGCAGGUCGCUGCUGGGUCAGAUCAGACACGUAUCUAGUCCAGCAUUGUGUUCUUACAGCAGCCAGACAAAUGCCUUUGGGAAUCUCACAAGUGGGACAUGAGUGCAGCAGCACUUUUCUGCUUGGGAUCCCCAAGGCAACUGGUAAGAACAUAAGAGUCCGCUGGAGAUGUUGGAAAUGUGUCCUUGGGGUUGUGCAGCUGAAUAGUUCCCAUAGUUCCAUUGUUAUGAAUAUCCUUCAUUUUAAGAACUAAGGUGUAAGAAAACCAAUAGUGGACUAUGAACUCAGUCAAAAUUCCUUGAAUGCAUUAUAGUAGUGAUGCACAGUCUCAGUUCACACACUGGAUGCUGAGUUAUUAUGAACGUGUGAGCUGUUGCUGAACAGCAUUACUUGUCAAUCAAUAGCUCAGUCAGUAGAGCAUAAGACUCAUAAUCGCAGUGUCGUGGGUUUGAGCCCCACAUUGGCCAGGAGUUCCCCACAUUGUAGGGAGUUGGGCUAGAGUCUAGAUCAUGGGUAGGCAAACUAAGGCCCGGGGGCCAGAUCCGGCCUAAUUGGCUUCUAAAUCCAGCCCACGGAUGGUCCGGGAAUCAGCGUGUUUUUAUAGGAGUAGAAUGCAUCCUUUUAUUUAAAAUGCAUCUCUGGGUUAUUUGUGGGGCAUAGAAAUUCGUUCAUCCCCCCCCCCCCCAUAUAGUCCGGUCCCCCACAAGGUCUGAGGGACAGUGGACCAGCCCCCUGCUGAAAAAGUGUGCUGACCCCUGAUCUAGGUGAUCCUCGUGGAAUUGUAGAACUCUACAAUUCUCUUGACUGUUGGAUGCUCAAAUGCUACCUAUAGUGUCUCUGUCACAAAGGCAAGUCAUCAAAUGAUGAGCAUGAAACCAGAUGCAUUAUGAUUAAUGCAAAAAAAAAACCAUGCGAUGGUACAGUUGAGGCUAGAGAGGUUGCUCUGCCUUGGAUCAUUUAUCCCUUCCCCUUGCUCCUCCCUGUAAUUUGAACUGGCAAAUAAAGGGAUUCUUUUCACCCUCAGAAAACUUGGCUCUUUGUUUUUGCCUACUUUACAUUCUUCACUGAAACAGUUUCAUGCUGAGAACAAGACCUGCAGAAAGCAUGUGCUAGCACAUACUCACAGAAACACAAAGCAAUGUGCAUGUUUUUUAAAGGUAAAAGGACCCCUGACCAUUAGGUCCAGUCGCGGAUGACUCUGAGGUUGCGGUGCUCAUCUCGCUUUACUGGCCGAGGGAGUUGGUGUACAGCUUCCGGGUCAUGUGGCUAGCAUUACUAAGCCGCUUCUGGCGAACCAGAGCAGCGCACAGAAACGCUGUUUACCUUCCCGCCGGAGCGGUACCUAUUUAUCUAAUUGUACUUCGUGCUUUCGAACUGCUAGGUUGGCAGGAGCAGGGACCGAGUAACGGGAGCUCACCCCAUCACAGGGAUUCGAACCGCCGACCUUCCAGUUGGCAAGCCCUAGGCUCUGUGGUUUAACCCACAGUGCCACCCGCGUCCCUGCAUGUUUUAUAGCGUUGUAUAGUUCUGAAGAUCUGAAGCUGGGACCAGUUCACUGUACUGCUCUCGGUUCUGAUGGUUCAGUAACCUGCUUUUGCUUUGUUGCCUUCUAGACCAUUAACACUGUGUCGGAGGUCAUUCGCGGGUGUCAAAUGAAUCAAGACUACUUUGCUUCAGUAAAUGCACCUUCAAACCCACCAAGGUAGGGUAAGGAAAAUUUUGAUGCCCUUUAUUGUAAACAUAAAUAGCAAGAUGUUUGCAACUGGAAUUGAUUGGUGUAAAACCAGAAAUGUGAUCAGAAACGGGCAAAAACAGAAGCCUCUGGCGUUUCAUGAAGCUUAAUUUGCAGCGACCUUGUGAAGCUAUUUCCAUGACAAGGCUGACCAUUGAUCCAUAUAGCUCAUUGUUGUCGGGCCCUUUGGUUUUCUACCUCAGGAAUUAGAACAAAGAAUGUUUUGUUUCCUGACAUAAGUUAUAUCCACCAGUGGCACUCCACUGCCAUUUCCUUUUUCAGUUAGAAGGACUUGGGAUUAAAGGUUGGCGCCAGUUCUGAAAAGUUUUAUCAACUUUUGCAGAAGGUUUCCAGGGCCCUUUGGCAGGGAUCCAUCUUAGAUCUGCUGCCUGAGAGCCUCAACUGGGGCAGCCAGGUAUUGAACCGGGGACUUCUGGAGGUAACAUGUGCUCUGCUACUGAGCUGGGGAUCUUCCUCCAGCCUCUGUGUAGCCCACCCUGGAUUACCACCUCUAGCUUUCACAGCAGAGCGUAACUCACUCUUGUUGUUUGGAAAUGCAAGCAGGGGCACUGGCUGUCUUAAGUAGAGCUCCUUGUAGGUAGGUGUACCAGCUUGGACCCAGUGUGGUGUAGUGGUUAAGAGCGGUGGACUCGUAAUCUGGUGAACCAGGUUCAUGUCUCCUCUCCUCCACAUGCAGCUGCUGGGUGGCCUUGGGCUAGUCACACUUCUCUGAAGUCUCUCAGCCCCACUCACCUCACAGAGUGUUUGUUGUGGGGGAGGAAGAGAAAGGAGAAUGUUAGCCAAUUUGAGACUCCUUCAGGGGAGUGAAAGGCGGGAUAUCAAAUCCAAACUCCUCUUCCUGUUAUGAGCAUAGCUACUUGGGUGGAAAGUCGACUUGGCAUGUGUACUUGGAGUGCGCAGACAGAGAAUCCCUAUAUGCAAGGGGGAAAGAGCUCAAGGAAGCAUUUUCUUGCCAGCUGACAAAACACCAGCAGCUAAAUAGAUUUCUCUUUGAUCCCUAAGUGGGUUAACAUUGCAUUCUAGCUUUGAGUGCUGUUCGCAUUUGAUCUGAGCUGUUACACUUGUUCCUUGGAAGAACUUUGGAACAUAAGAAGGUGCGUUAUACCGUAUUUUUCGCCCUAUAGGACGCACUUUUUCCCCUCCAAAAAUGAAGGGGAAAUGUGUGUGCGUCCUAUGGGGCGAAUGCAGGCUUUCGCUGAAGCCUGGAGACCGAGAGGCGUCGGUGCGCACCGACCCCUCUCGCUCUCCAAGCUUCAGGAAGCUAUCCGCAAGCCUUGCGCGCCCGGCGGGAGUUCCCACGGGCUUGCAAGGCUUGCGGGCGGCAGCCUGCAGCGCAGAGCAUGGGGCGCCCUCCCGAGGAUGCCCCAUGCUUCGCGCAGGUGUCCGCAAGGCUUGCGGAUAGCAGCCUGUUCUGGGGGCUGGGGUCGGGGGAAGCUCGGGCUUCCCCCGCCCCAGCCCCAUGGCUGGGGGGGGAAAUAAUUUUUUUUUUAUUCAUUCCCCCCCCCCCAAUAUGAGGUGCGUCCUAUGGGCCAGUGCGCCCUAUAGGGCGAAAAAUACGGUAUAUACCAAGACCAGACCACUGAUCCAUCUAAGUCAAUAUUUUCUACGCUCAUUGGCAAUAGACAAGGGUCUCUUCCUGCCUCACCUGGAGAUUAACCACGAGACCUUUUGCAUGUAAAACAUGUGAUCUACCACCGAGCCACAGCCCUUUGUGAAAACAAAGGAGAAUCAAGACGUCAUUUGAUGGCUGGUGGGGAAUCCAUGCUUCUCCUGUUUUCUAAUGGCAAGGCUGGCAUCUCAUUGAGCUGAAACUUUAUAGCUGUACAGACAGGCCACUUUGGGUCUAGGGUUGUUGUUGUUAUUUUGUAGUCCUCUUAAGUCAGGGUAGCCACCCUGGUGCCCUCUGGAUGACGUUGGGUUCCCCACUCCCAUCUGCCCCAGCCAAGGUAGCUAACGGUCCAGGAACAUGGGAGCUGUAGUCCAUUGCCAUCUGAAGUGCAUUCUGUCACUUACCUGUGCUCUAAUUUCUGCAAGACUUCCUUUCAUUCUGUAAGAGGACUUCCAUAAGCACCUGUUGCAAUCAGCGUAACUGUUUCUUUGGUUUGCAUAAGAAUCUAGUGCUGGUGUAUUUAUUCAUUUGUUUAUUCAAAUGUAUUUUGUGUCCUCAUUUUGUUUUUUUAUGUUUUGAACUGCCCUGUGAUCUUCAGAUGCAGGGCAGCACACAUAUUUAAUAAGUAAAAAUAAUAAUGGAUGUGCUUAUUGUAGAAUCACAUGGUUGAGUAGCCUCUGAUGGUUAAUAUGUCUGCUCUUAGCUGCUGUUUCAGUUUGUUGGAGUAGCUGGGGGGGGGAACCCAGUAAGAUGGGUGACAUAUAGAUAAAUUAUUAUUAAUAAUAAUCAUUCAAGUCCUCAAGAGUAUUAUUGUUUUUAUACUUGCAUACAUUUUUUAAAAACCCAAACUAAUAGAUUUUUAAAAACCCAAACUAAUAGAUUUUCUUCUUUUAAACUUGCAUACAACUUGCAUGCAUUUUUUAAAAACCCAAACUAAUAGAUUUUCUUCUUUUAAACUUGACAGGCCUGCAAUUGUAGUACUACUUAUGUCGAUGGUGAAUGAAAGACAACCAUUUGUGUUGCGUUGUGCAGUCCUAUAUUGUUUCCAGUGCUUCUUAUACAAGAACGAGAAGGGGCAAGCAGAAAUUGUGUCAACACUUCUACCUUCAACCAUUGAUGGUAUAGAAUUUUAAAUAUGUAGCUGUAGUUUUAUGAGUGAGGUUUUUCAAAUGUUCUUUGGAAACCGAACGUCCGAUGCAGCUUCCAGUUGACUGCAGGGAGCUCCUGCAGCCAGUCGGAAGCUGCGCCUUGGUUUUCGAACGGUUCCAGGAGUCGAACGGACUCCUGGAAUGGAUUAAGUUCGACAACCAAGGUACGACUGUAUUUGACAUGUUUCGGGUGUACAGUGGUACCUCGGGUUACAUACGCUUCAGGUUACAGACUCAGCUAACCCAGAAAUAGUACCUCAGGUUAAGAACUUUGCUUCAGGAUGGAAACAGAAAUUGUGCAGCGGCGGCAGCAGGAGGCCCCAUUAGCUAAAGUGGUGCUUCAGGUUAAGAACAGUUUCAGGUUAAGAGCGGACCUCUGGAAUGAAUUAAGUAUGUAACCAGAGGUACCACUGUAUUUUAAAUGAGCUCCCAGGGAUUUAAUUUUUUUAUAUAUAUAAUUUAAAUGCAUUUUUUUGUUUCAUUGUGUGCCUCCUAUUGCAGCUACUGGGAAUUCCGUCUCGGCUGGCCAGCUGCUCUGUGGAGGACUCUUCUCUACAGACUCUCUUUCCAACUGGUGCGCGGCUGUGGCGCUGGCUCACGCCUUGCAAGAAAACGCCACUCUGAAAGAACAGCUGCUAAGAGUGCAGUUGGCAACAAGUAUUGGCAACCCUCCAGUGUCCUUACUCCAACAAUGCACCAACAUUCUGUCUCAGGUACAGCGUUUACGUUUUGUGUGUCUCACGUUAAUCGUUCUCUUGUUAAGCUGGGAAAUAACGGUACUUUAUAUCAAGAAGUGCCGUUCUCUUCAGUCGAAAGAAGGCUGCUGGUCAUUUUAAAUUUCAUGCUAAUUGUUUUUGUUGUAACAAGUCAAGGUGUCUCGUGAAUUAUCUCGGACACAAGAGGUUGCACACGAUCUCUUUCGGUUCCUGUUGAAUUGCAGUUAGCGUGCUGGGCGUAAUAGGACGGGUAAAGUCAGGCUCUCUGGCGUAACAAGCAACAUCUGUGGCUUAUAUAACACAAAGAACGGUGGGUUGCUGAGAACUAAAUAAUAUAGGCAAGUGGAUCUGCAAACCUUCAACAGAACUGGCAAUCAAAAUAUGCAUAAUAGAUUGGGGGCUUGGGCAGUAUUAGCAUUUGAGUUGCUUUCUGACAAGAUGCCAAGAAUUGUGUGGGUACACCAAUUCCUGUAUUAACUCUGUACUUUGCUAAACAAGCGGAGGCCAAACAGGUUCGCGUUCUUCCUGUUGUCCCCCCCGCCCCCAUCUGCCCAUUACGAAAGAUAAAUCUGCUCCACUUCCCAGUGGGGAGGAGUUGCGGCGGACCGCGUGGCCACCCACUCUCCACCGGGGGCGGGGGACUUUGUCCCCCGUUGCCCGGGGGGUCCCGGCUACGUCAGAGCCCGGCCGGCCAAUCCACUGGCCGGAGGGGGGCGUGGCCGGGGCAGUUUAAACCGAGGAGCGAGCCGGAGGACUUCCUCUUGGAUCACUUCCUCCCCCUACCGGUGGUUUACCCUUACCGGACUUCCUUCACAGCGGGCAGGAGUCAGAUAUAGUCUGGUCCAAUCAAUGCCUAAGCCAGUACCGCUCACGUUCUGUAAUUCAAUAAAGUUGUGGCCAAAUUUGCCCAAUAACAUAAACUUAAUAUUUGUGUCCUUGUGUGAGUUAUUUCCCAACGAGGGGGUGGCUGCUGGGUCCCGACAUGCAAGUCUGUUCCUUGAUAAGCCUUGAAAUGGGCUUUUCAGGCUUUUCUCUUGCUUGGUAUGGAGCGCAAUAAAUCACCAUUGCCUACUUAUGUAAUGAGCAAUAUCCUGUUUUGCAUUUGGGGGAAACAGCAUGGAUAGCUGCCUGCAUACAAGCACAAUAUGAUCCCCGUGAGUCAGAUUUGACUUAUAUAAGCUGCAGAGUCACCAGACCUCUGGGCUCCUGCGCUGCCUUCCAUCUCAUGCAAAAUAAGGUAGUGAUCAGGCUGCACCAGAAAUGGCCACUGCUAAUUUAUUUAAUUUUAAUCUGUAUGCUGCCCUGCGAUAUAAAUAUACACGGGGCAGCUCCCAUCAGUGAAAAUAAAAACAAAACAUUUAGAAGUUAACCCUGCAUUGUGUAAGUGUAUAUAAUAGACCUAUAACAUUCCCUUCUCAUUCUUAAUGUAUGAUUCACAGGGUGAUAAGAUCGACAGACGGGUACGUAUUGGUGCGCCUGGAGCUUGGAUCACACUAGGGUGUUUCUGCUCUCUUAGCUUUGCCGUGUGUUUUAUGAAAUAACUGCUUUGAAGUUUUUCCCCUCCCCUACUUAACAGUUUGGUGUUGCUGCCCAGUUUUAUUUCCAGUAACCAGCUCUCUUUCUCUACUGGUGCUCUUGGGAACUGUGGUGUGGGAAACUUGGUUGUUACGGUGUUUUCUUUCUCCACGAGCGGAGGCUUUGCACAGCCAGUGUGGUGAAGUGGUUGAGAGCGGUGGACUCGUAAUCUGGUGAACCGGGUUCGCUUCCCCGCUCCUCCACAUGCAGCUGCUGGGUGACCUUGGGCUCGUCACACUUCUCUGAAGUCUCUCAGCCCCAAUCACCUCAUAGAGUGUUUGUUGUGGGGGAAGAAAGGAAAGGAGAAUGUUAGCCGCUUUGAGACUCCUUCGGGUAGUGAUAAAGUGGGAUAUCAAAUCCAAACUCCUCCUCCUCCUCCAUGGGUAGACGGCUUUCUCAGUGUGGAUUUAGUGUCACCUUUGCAAGAGGUUUAAUCAACAUUUGAAGCUAUUAAGUAGUAGUGUACAAAAAAUAUAGGGAUGUGGGUGGCGCUGUGGGUUAAACCACAGAGCCUGGGACUUCCCGAUCAGAAGGUCGGUGGUUCAAAUCCCCACGACGGGGUGAGCUCCCAUUGUUCGGUCCCUGCUCCUGCCAACCUAGCAGUUCAAAAGCACACCAGUGCAAGUAGAUAAAUAGAUACUGCUCCGGCAGGAAGGUAAACGGGGUUUCUGUGCGUUGCUCUGGUUGGCCAGAAGUGGCUUAGUCAUGCUGGCCACAUGACCCAGCAGCUGUACGCCGGCUCUCUCGGCCAAUAAAGCGAGAUGAGCGCCACAACCCCAGAGUAGGCCACGACUGGACCUAACGGUCAUGGAUCCCUUUACCCUUUACUAUACAAAAAAUAUAGGGACUCAGGUGGCGCUGUGGUCUAAACCACUGAGCCUCUUGGGCUUGCCGAUCAGAAGGUCGGCGGUUCGAAUCCCUGCGACAGGGUGAGCUCCCGUUGCUCAGUCCCAGCUCCUGCCCACCUAGCAGUUCGAAAGCACGCCAAAGUUCAAGUAGAUAAAUAGGUACCCCUCCGGCGGGAAGGUAAACGGCGUUUCUGUGUGCUGCUCUGGUUUCGCCAGAAUCAGCUUAGUCAUGCUGGCCACAUGACCUGGAAAAACUGCCUGCGGACAAACACCAUCUCCCUCGGCCAGUAAAGCGAGAUGCGCGCCGCAACCCCGGAGUCGUUCGCGACUGGACUUAACUGUCAGGGGUCCUUUACCUUUAAUACAAAAAAUAACAAUCUAUUCGAAAGUUAUAUGGAGUACUCUUUCCCCUUCCUUUCCCUGAGAGCUGCAUAGGGUGAACAGUUAUACCCCACGCUGCACAGUUCUCAAAUCCACGGGUGCCAGAGUUUGGUUGAAAAGUGUAUGCAUAUCUACGUGGGACUAAGUGCCACUGAAUUCAGGGGAGCCUAUUCCCAGAUGGGGUUGCAUCCUUGGUUUCUGUGGACUGAGACCUUAACGUUCUGUUGCGGGACGAAGGAAAUAAUUCAUCUUAGAAUCACAGAAUUUUAGAGUUGGGAGGGACCCUGAGGGUCAUCUAGACCAGCAUUUCCCAACCUUGGGCCUCCAGCUGUUUUUGGACUACAACUCCCAUAAUCCUCAGCUAGCAAGACCAGUGGUCAGGGAUGAUGGGAAUUGUAGUUCGAAAACAGCUGGAGGCCCAAGGUUGGGAAACACUGAUCUAGACCAACCCCCUGCAAUGAAGGAAUCUCAACGCGCAGUCCUCCAUCCGUAAAGCUCUUAGUCUAAAAACAGAGAUCUUGCUUGUUUUGAUAAAUCAUCUCCGGUAUAGAAAUAGACAAGACAGAUUAGUUUGCCAGCUGACGUUUGGACUGCUGCAGAUGUAUGCAAACUUAAACAAGGGCCUUGGGUUUUGUUACUUGAAGGUGAACUCCUUUGGGGGUAUGAGCAGGAACCCUCCCGUUAAAUGACCAGCAAUGCCAGAUCAUUGCUUUCUAAAUACAGUCAGCAAUAAAAUCAGUAGGGCAGUGCCUUUUUUUUAAAAAAAGCCCUCAUUUCAAGAGUGUGUGUUGCUUUCUGUUUAUUUCCUGUUUCUUUGAAAUGAGUGGUCAGUAUUAAACAAGGCCCCUUCCCAUGCUGCUGCUCUUAAGUUUUUGCAGGGUUUUGCAUUGAGCCUCUUGGUUUGCGCUUUUUUUCUCUUGACGCCUCUAUGCAGGCAUAAUAUUUCCCAGUCACUUAACCAUGGUUAAGGUAUCAGAAGGGGCUGGCUUGAGCACACCUUCCUCUCUCCCAAUGCCUGCUCGGUUCCUCGUUAGGCCUGUGCCCUCCUCUCCCACUAAGAUCCCUUCCUUCCCUUUUCAGAGCUAGCCAUAGUUAGCGUUCAACUCGGCACAGAUGAAAUGUUAAGUGCCCCCCCCCUUUUGUUUUAAAACAAAGUGUGAAACCUGCCUCCAACCAUGGUUUUAAAAUCUGGCUUAAAGCUAUCGAGAUUGUUGUUUGACUAGAUGCAGGUGGAACACUCAUCAUAGCAACAGGAAGGAGUACCGUAUUUUUUGCUCUAUAAGACUCACCUUUUCCCUCCUAAAAAGUAAGGGGAAAUGUGUGUGCGUCUUAUGGAGCGAAUGCAGGCUGCGCAGCUGUCCCAGAAGCCAGAACAGCAAGAGGGAUUGCUGCUUUCGCUGCGCAGCGAUCCCUCUUGCUGUUCUGGCUUCUGAGAUUCAGAAUGGCGUGGAAAAUACGGUAAUUUGAAGGGAAACAGAAUUCAUUAACCUAAGAGGGUCUGCUAGUUGCUUAACCAUGGUUAAGAAGCUGGGGGACUUUACAUUUGAACCAAGACUGGAAGGUAGUGUUCAUUAACCUGCUCAUUAAAAGGCUUAUGCAAAGUGUUGCAGGGUAUCUCUGGUGUGCAUGAGUUACCUGAGCCUGAGGGACCUGAAAAAAGGAGGAGGAGUCCCUGCUCUGAUUUAGACUUGACUUUUGUAUGCAAUAUUCAUAUAUUCAUUAAUCUUAUUUAUUUUGUUUUUAAACGUUUAAGAGGGUUAACCAGUUUACAUGCAUGCGGCUUGUGCACGCAAUUGAGUAUUUGGUCUGACCUAAGAGGAAGGUCUGCGGAGGCAAUUUAAUCUUUGCCGCGAUCCUGAGAGGUAUGGAGAAUUUUUGACUGGGGGUUGAAACCAACCACAUACCCAGCUUUUGUCCUCCGGCAGUAGAAAGGGCUGCUGCUCUCUAGCCAAGCCCUCAGCCUGAAUACGACAGAGUUGUUGUAUUUUCUCUUUCUCCCUCCAAUUUAAGCUGUCUCCUACCUCUGAGCAACCCUGCAGGGUUGCCUUAAACCACUCGGAGCCUGGUCUGCAAUAUUCAGUGUGUGAACUAAACCGCAUGGAUGUCACACGCCACUCUUUCCCAGUAACAGCCCAUUCUAACCAGUGUGGGGACAAUGAGCUGCAUUUGCACCGGAAACUGUUUUGCACUGAAUAGCAAUUGAGUUAGCGUGAAUUGGAAUUAUUUUCCUUUCCUGUAUCUUUUAUUUGGGGUGUGUGUGGAUGACAUCCAAUCACAGCUGUGCCAAGAUACUUGAUUUCUUCUUUGAUAUCUACGGACAGCUCUCACCUCCAUCUCUGGGAACGUUCAAAAGCAGCCUCUCAGUGCAAAUCAGGAGAUGACUGAUCCGGACAAUGAUGUGAUUCUCUUUUCUUUUCUUAUAUGUGUGUCUCUUUUCUGCAUCCUCCUGUACUCCUGUUUAUCUCAGGUGAGGAAAGAGGAGGAAAGAAAGGGAGCACAGGCAGAUAGAGAAAGAUACUGUGGCAUUUGCCUCCUAGGUGGGUCAAAAGGUGGGUCAAAAGUGGUGGCAGCGAUCACACAGGGCCCCCAGGAGUUUGAUGGUCUAUUGACCCUGUGCCACCACUGUGAUUGCUUUCUUCGCUGCCACCAACCCGUUUCUCACGGGUCCACACGAAGUCCAGUCAGUUGGUAACAUUAACAAAUAAUCAAGUUUAUUUUAUAGGCAUGAACAAGCUUAUGGUUUCAGUUAAUUUUUCUUGGCAGUUUCUUAGUCUUAGUUCCUUAACUGUCCUAUUUGUUCCUAACAACUUCAAACUGAUUAUCCCAACUAUCUAUCUGACUCCACCUAACAAUUCCUCUCACUCUCUCACCACACAACUCGACCAACCCACAGACUUAUAUCCUCCCUCUUCCUUCUCCAACUCCCAACUCUCAACUGACUUUCACACACCACCCACUCUCUCUCUAACUCCUCCUAUCAGUUUCCACUGGCCAAUCACAUCACGCUCAUUUUAACCCUUUCCUUAUGACCCACCUAGGAGGCGAACGCCACAGAUACACACACAUGUUUAGCUGGUCAGAAGUGUUUUUAUGCUUCUUGGGUUGCUGCAGCUGCAUUCCCGUUUUCACCAGCCACUUCCCGCCAGGAAAUUCCACUCCCUUCUCUCUCCCCCACCUCAACAAUUGGCCCAACGUUCUGUGGCUACUGCCCAUGUUUGGUCCUCAUUUACCGUAUUUUUCGCUCUAUAAGACACACCAGACCACAAGACGCACCUAGUUUUUGGAGGAGGAAAACAAGGGAAAAAAAUGUUCUGAAUCUCAGAAGCCAGAACAUCAAGAGGGAUCACUGCGCAGUGAAAGCAGCAAUCCUGCUUGCUGUUCUGGCUUCUGGGAUAGCUGCGCAGCCUGUGUUCGCUCCAUAAGACGCACACACAUUUCCCCUUACUUUUUAGGAGGGAAAAAGUGAGUCUUAUAGAGCAAAAAAUACGGUAGCUGUUUUGAGGGGUUCUCCCCAUCCCAGACCUUAAGGUCUUGUUUUCCAACAACAACAACAACAACUGGGCACCACAGUUCCAUUCUGGGCACCACAGUUCAAGAAGGACACUGACAAACUGGAACGUGUCCAGAGGAGGGCAACCAAAAUGGUCAAAGGCCUGGAAACGAUGCCUUAUGAGGAAUGGCUAAGGGAGCUGGGCAUGUUUAGCCUGGAGAAGAGGAGGUUAAGGGGUGAUAUGAUAGCCAUGUUCAAAUAUAUGAAAGGAUGUCACAUAGAGGAGGGAGAAAGCUUGUUUUCUGCUGCUCCAGAGAAGCGGACACAGAGCAAUGGAUCCAAACUACAAGAAAGAAGAUUCCACCUAAACAUUAGGAAGAACUUCCUGACAGUAAGAGCUGUUCGACAGUGGAAUUUGCUGCCAAGGAGUGUGGUGGAGUCUCCUUCUUUGGAGGUCUUUAAGCAGAGGCUUAACAAUCAUAUGUCAGGAGUGCUGUGAUGGUGUUUCCUGCUUGGCAGGGGGUUGGACUCGAUGGCCCUUGUGGUCUCUUCCAGCUCUAUGAUUCUAUGAUUCUAACUGUACUUCUGCAAACCUUCAGUUUUCUUCUUUCCAUCUCCUGGGUGUUCUGAUACCUCCCUCUUGUGUGUGGACUUUGCCAGUUUUGCUACAUAAGGAUUCACACUCACUCCUAAUAGAGGAAAUUGUUAAAUUUCAAUAAUUGUGUGAAAAGCGUUCUGGACACCCAACAUUUAAGACUGCUUCAGGCUUCAAAGUAGAAACAACGCGUGGAAGAAACAGAAAACCUGUAAAGACAAGUAAAAGUUUGUCCUUUGUUUGUUUGUUUCUUCCAGGGAAGCAAAGUGCAGACAAGAGUUGGAUUAUUAAUGCUGCUUUGUACCUGGCUAAGCAACUGCCCCAUUGCUGUCACGCAUUUUCUGCACAAUUCUGCCAAUGUUCCAUUUGUAUCCUUUUACACGUCAGCAAUUAAUCUCUCUGAAUUAUGACAGGAAAUGUUCUUUAGGAGCGCAAGUUUCUGUAUGCAAGUUCAAAGUAAGGAGGCGCCACACCUUAGCAUUGUAUUUACCUCCUUCUUAAAUACAUUUACAUCCCUCCUUACUGGAACUCAAGGUAGUAUAUGUGGUGUUUCCUGUAACACAGGUAUCUCAGUAAGUGUACAUAUUGCCCACAUUUCACAUAUUUGCUGCAGGAAACUGUUAUACCUGUAGAAGUAAUUUUUUCUGCAUAACCUACAGAGCUGCCCCAACACUUUAGGUCACAGGUGGUUUUUAUCCUUCACAGGCUAAAGUUGAAAGGUGAAAAGUUGAAAGUUGAAACCUUUUGGUCUUUUACAGUCAUGUAAGGUGAUGACUUUUGGGACUUCAAAGCACCACCUGGGGCUUUUAAAAAGCUGCACGGUGCUUUGAAGCGCCGCUGGUCAGCAGGCUUGAAGUCACCACCUGUCUGAUGGAAGUAUUGCCAUUGAAAUUCUACUCAAUAUUGAUCCAGAGUAGAUUCCAAUAUAUAGUUAGCAGAGUAAAAACUUAAACACGUUGCAGGGUUCCCCAAAAAUAGACCAGAGGCAAUUAUAUUUCAUCCAGCAGAGCUUUACUGAAGGCAAAUGAGCAUAAUGGUCACAAAUCCAAUACACUCAGGAUUGGCUCUGUCCAUAAGAAAUCCAGUUGCAGCAGACUUAACCUAAACUUACAAUAACUUAUAACAAGGCUAAACCUUAACACUAAGCUUACUAUGUACAGAACACCACACCAGAAGAGAGUUAGAAAAAGAAAGUGUGAAACUCAGGGUCCUUCUGGCCCUACUAUUAUAGUCAGUAUGACCUUGGCAGAAAGAGAUAACAGACCCAGUUUAAGCCAGCUGUACUCAUCUUCUCUGAAGGAAUAACCCAAAUAUCAUGCACCUUCUGCUUGCUUCUUUCACACAGAGAAGCUUCCAGAACCCACUUGAAUUACGUAGAAUAAGGAAGAACUCUACACAUCAUAUCAAUACUUUCUGUACUAAGAAAUGCAAACUGACAAGUGUCUGUAAAUUUCUUAAGGAGUUUUUGACAGGUAUAGGCUUGGGACGCGUGGAUAAAUUCACAGGGAUUUUAAAUUUGAAUGUGCACUUGUAAACUUUAAUGGAAGGACAGGUGUUGUACUCCUGCAAAAGAUAAGUUUUUAUAUAACAGUUGUAACAGACGUUUCAGAGUCUGACAUUCUGUAGAAUCUGGUCAUUAUCUUUCAAGGGAGCUCAAAAGUCUCAUACGCUGAUCUCUCCUCUCAGCCAUAUGCAUAUAAAUAGCGCAUGCUUUAAUUAAAUUCUAUUGAUUUUUUAAUGUUUGCCACCCUGGGCUCCUUCGGGAGGAAAGGUGUGGUACAAAUAAAUAUACCGUAUUUUUCGCCCUAUAGGACGCACUUUUCCCUCUCCAAAAAUGAAGGGGAAAUGUGUGUGCGUCCUAUGGGGCGAAUGCAGGCUUUCGCUGAAGCCUGGAGAGCGAGGGGGGUUGGUGCGCACCGACCUCUCUCACUCUCCAGGCUUCAGGAAGCUAUCCACAAGCUGCCUGCACCCCGAAGCCUGGGGCGCGCUGAGCUCAGCACACCCCAGGCUUUGGGCAACUCUCCGCUAGCCGUGGGAGAGCUGCGCGACCCACGGCUUGCGGAUAGCAGCCUGUUCUGGGGGCUUGGGGUCGGGGGAAGCUCGGGCUCGCACCUGGGGAGGGGGGAAAUAAAUUUUUUUCCCUUAUUUCCUCCCCAAAAAACUAGGUGCGCCCUAUGGGCCGGUGCGCCCUAUGGGGCGAAAAAUACGAUACUUGCGCUUGAUUAAGCUAGUAUUAGUAAAAGCAAAAAAAUAAGUAUUGUACAAGAAUUAGAAUGCCUCUGUCUAUGAACUGUCUACACAUCCUUAACUCAAUUUUUUAGCUGACAGGACAGAUAGCGGAAAACCUUGGAGAAGAGGAACACUUGGUCCAAGGGUUAUGUGCUCUCUUACUAGGAAUUUCCAUUUAUUACAAUGACAACUCGCUCGAGAAUUAUAAGAAGUGAGUACUUGGAAGGGUGAAUGGGAAACUUGUGUCCCCCUCUGCCUACAAAUGUGGUCGGUCUAUUCCAUGGGUAGGCAAACUAAGGCCCGGGGGCUGGAUCCGGCCCAAUCGCCUUCUAAAUCUGGCCCACGGACGGUCUGGGAAUCAGCGUGUUUUUACAUGAGGAGAAUGUGUCCUUUUAUUUAAAAUGCAUCUCUGGGUUAUUUGGGGGGCCUGCCUGGUGUUUCUACAUGAGUAGAAUGUGUCCUUUUAUUUAAAACGCAUCUCUGGGUUAUUUGUGGGGCAUAGGAAUUUGUUCAUUUCCCCCCAAAAAAUGUAAUCCGGCCCCCCACAAAAAAUGUAAUCCGGCCCCCCUGAAAAAGUUUGCUGACCCCUGGUCUAUUCUAAUAUAAUUUUCAGGGCAAAGACUAGGAAAUAGUUUAACACACCCCCCCCAAUAUGGUUAAGCCAGAGAAAAUUAGAUACAGACUUAAACUUAUUUUAUUAUUACAAACUUUGGUAGGGUCGAAUGUUUUCCGCCAUAAUUAACAGCUAGCAAGUUGUCCAUUAGCAUGAUGAGUCGUAUUUCUCUUAUACGACUGAACGUUGAGUCUCAACAUUAAAAUGAAAACCAAUCCUGUUCAUUUUAACUAUAGUCUCCCUUCAGCUCAUUAUUUCCAUGCUCUUGAAACAAUGCUUUUAUGGUUUUGCAAACUCAUCUGUUCUCUAUUUCGCCCUCUGCACUCCAUUCAAACUGCCAAAUCUGAGGGCACAUCUGUCUCUACCACUUAGUACUACUCUCUGUUGCCUUUGAUAUAGCUGAUAUAACUAUUUGUUAAAUAGGAAUUUGCUGGAGGUGGACUGGUGGGGUGAAAUGGAAAAGAGGGCAUCUUUGUGCAGUUCGCAGUAGUUUUACGUGAUCCGUCUCUCACCCCCAGGGAGAAAUUGAAACAACUGAUAGAAAAGAGAAUUGGCAAGGAAAACUUCGUUGAGAAAUUGGGAUUCAUCAGCAAACACGAAUUCUAUUCCCGAGCAGCUCAGAAACCUCAGCCAAGCUUUUCUAGCCCGGACCAUAUGAUGUUUGAUCAUGAAUUUACUAAACUGGUAAAGGAGCUAGAGGGUGAGACAUGUUACUUCACUUCUCUUGAGUUUUGUGUUUACAGUGGUACCUCGGGUUAAGUACUUAAUUAGUUCCGGGUGUCCGUUCUUAACCUGAAACUGUUCUUAACCUGAAGCACCACUUUAGCUAAUGGGGCCUCCUGCUGCCACCGCACCACCGGAACACAAUUUCUGCUCUCAUCCUGAAGCAAAGUUCUUAACUCGAGGUACUAUUUCUGGGUUAGCGGAGUCUGUAACCUGAAGCGUAUGUAACCCGAGGUACCACUGUACUACUUAAGACAAUUAGAUUUGAAAGAUUUAGAACCUUUCCUUUUCAGAAUUGGAUGUAAACUUAAUUAAGUUAUACCUUUCAAGGUUUUUAAUUUUCUGCAACCCUAAAGCAUGUUAUGACGCUGGAGGCAAACAAUUUUACACAGGAAGUGCAAUAGGUUUGUUUUGUUCGCAGUGUGCUAUAAGACCAGUUCAUUUGGCUUCUUAAUAUUUGAGGGUUUGCUGCAUCAUGUGUGUUGACUUUGGUGAGAAGGCGAUGGUGCAAUUGGUUUACAGCACAAUGAGGCUUCCCUGCUGAAAUUAUUGGUAACAUGUUCUGAUCCAUUCUGCAUCUGAGAAUGUGGUUUGUCGUUUAUUUUUCCUGGCAGCUAGUAGAUUUCCUCUUACAAAAUUAGUCUACAUUAUCUGCUGUAAAGAAUGUAGUUGAUCUAUUAGAUAGUAAAAUUGCUACGUACCAUACAGAGAUUUGCAAAAUAAGAUGGACCAUGCCUGUGGACUUGCAGUCUAUAGGUAAAUAGAUAACACACUAGGGAGGAGGAAAAGGGAAAGUGAGCAAGGAUCAGUUGAGAACAGCAACAACGAACAGGAAGUAUCUUAUAGAGGGGCUUGGAUUUAAAAACCAGGAAGAUGUCAGUUGGAAAGGCAUUCCAAUGAUUGGGAGCUAAGAAAAUAUGCAGAGGUCAUACUCUCGAUUUACUGAAGUGCUUGCUUACACAAGUGAUUUUUCCAUACUACAACAACGCAUUUAUUGCAUCUUGAAUGGCUUUUUCGAUGAUGUUGUUGUUGUUGUUUAGUCAUUUAGUCGUGUCCGACUCUUCAUGACCCCAUGGACCAGAGCAUGCCAGGCACUUCCGUCUUCCACUGCCUCCCACAGUUUGGUCAAACUCAUGCUGGUAGCUUCGAGAACACUGUCCCACCAUCUUGUCCUCUGUCGUCCCCUUCUCCUUGUGCCCUCCAUCUUUCCCAACAUCAGGGUCUUUUCCAUGAGGUGGCCAAAGUCUUGGAGCCUCAGCUUCACAAUCUGUCCUUCCAGUGAGCACUCAGGGCUGAUUUCCUUCAGAAUGGAUAGGUUUGAUCUUCUUGCAGUCCAUGGGACUCUCAAGAGUCUCCUCCAGCACCAUAAUUCAAAACCAUCAAUUCUUCGGCGAUCAGCCUUCUUUAUGGUCCAUUUUCGAUGAUAGAAUCCCUAAAAUGACUAACUCCUGUUAAACUUCUAUAUCUGAACAGGCACUGGGAUUGCUUCAAAACCAUGUGGCUUAGAAUGUUUAAUAAAAGAAACGAUUUUUUUUUUUGGAAACAGGCAUUAUAACAAAGGCAGUUUAUAAGUCUAGUGAAGAAGAUAAACAGGAAGAGGAAGUGAAGAAGUCCUUAGAACAACACGACAACAUAGUGACACGCUACAAAAGCAUCAUUAGAGUUCAGGUAAAAAAACCAAACAUCUUAGCUUCAUUUGCACUAGUGGGCCCUGUAUCUGCUUUAGGUGGUAUAUAUUAGGGCCAAACUACCCAUUACUGUAAUCGUGCUAUUUAAACAUAUUAUUAGAACUUGCAGCUUGGGGGUGGCACUGAUCCACUCUGGGUGCGCUGACACCUGUGAUUACCCUAAAUUCUGGAUAUGCAGUUUUGUUUGUAUCUGGGAACGUUGCACUAACUGUUUAUACCAUAAAAUAUAUUGCACAGUGCUACUAGUUUAAUGCGAAAGGGACGCAGGUGGCGCUGUGGGUUAAACAACAGAGCCUAGGACUUGCCGAUCAGAAGGUCGGCGGUUCGAAUCCCCGCGACGGGGUGAGCUCCCGCUGCUCGGUCCCAGCUCCUGCCCACCUAGCAGUUCGAAAGCACGUCAAGUGCAAGUAGAUAAAUAGGUUCCCCUCUGGCGGGAAGGUAAACAGUGUUUCCGUGCGCUGCUCUGGUUCGCCAGAAGCGGCUUAGUCAUGCUGGCCACAUGACCCGGAAGCUGUACACUGGCUCCCUCGGCCAAUAAAGCGAGAUGAGCACCGCAACCCCAGAGUCAGUCACGACUGGACCAAAUGGUCAGAGGUCCCUUUACCUUUUUACUAGUUUAAUGUACUGGCAAACACAGGCAAAUGCACAGACAUGUGCAAGCAUUAUUUUAGACCAGUGGCAUUGUGUGGCAUUCUGUAUAGCAUAAGCAGUUAGAGCCAAGUUCCUUUGCAAAUGUCUGUAGGUAAAUGCCUAUGGGUGCUUAAUUUUUGUGGUGAUUUUUUAAAAAAAAUAUAUAACAGUAGCAAUCAACAGAAUUUAAAAAAUGAAUGUAAGAUUCCAUUAAGUAGAUUCUUGUUUUAUUUUCCAGGAUCAGGAGCUUGAGGAGUUGAAGAAACAAGUAGAAUCUAUAAAAGUUCAAAAUGAGCAGCUUCAGGCAACAGUCACCCAGCAAAUGUCGCAGAUCCAACAACACAAGGACCAGUACAAUCUCCUUAAAGUACAGCUAGGUAGGACUGCUAGCUGUGACCUGUCUAAGUUUUGCUGUCAAAUGCAGAUUGCUGUGCAUUUUCAGACCAUGGAACGCCACAUUUUACUUUGAUGCAAAUUGUUUGAGCAGCCCUGGAAAAUGCGUGAAACUAGUACAGUGGUGCCCCGCAAGACGAAUGCCUCGCAAGACGGAAAACCCGCUAGAUGAAAGGGUUUUCCGUUUUUGAGUUGCUUCGCAGGACGAAUUUCCCUAUGGGUUUGCUUCGCAAGACGAAAAUAUCUUGCGAGUCUUGAGAUUUUUUUUUUCGCUCCCCCCCCCCUUUUCCUAAGCCGCUAAGCCGAUAAGCCUUUAAUAGCCGCUAAACUGCUAACAGCACUAAUCCGCUAAGCCGCUAAUAGGGUUGCUUCGCAAGACGAAAAAACCGCUAGACGAAGACACUCGCAGAACGGAUUAAUUUCGUCUUGCGAGGCACCACUGUACUAGUUUUUGGGACCCGGGUGGUGCUGUGGGUUAAACCACAGAGCCUAGGACUUGCUGAUCAGAAGGUCGGUGGUUCGAAUCCCUGCAACGGGGUGAGCUCCUGUUGCUUGGUCCCUGCUCCUGCCUACUAGCAGUUCGAAAGCACGUCAAAGUGCAAGUAGAUAAAUAGGUACCGCUUCGGUGGGAAGGUAAACGGCGUUUCCGUGUGCUGCUCUGGUUCGCCAGAAGCGGCUUAGUCAUGCUGGCCACAUGACCUGGAAGCUGUACGCUGGCUCCCUCGGCCAGUAAAGCGAGAUGAGCACCACAACCCCAGAGUCGUUCACGACUGGACCUAAUGGUCAGGGGUCCCUUUACCUUUACCUAGUACUAGUUUAUAUUGGGUUUCUGGGACCUAUAAACUGAAACAAGACAAGGGACUGGGAGUGGGGCAAAAUAAAGUUGUCGGUGGGAAAAGCUGUGAAAACCUGCUGAGGCAGAAGAGUUAGUAAGGUGGCAACCUGGAAUUGUAGGAACAAAAGACGCAGUGAAUGGACAGGUAUCCUGGUCUUGGAACUUCAUUGGAAUCCUAUCCAUUACUCCCACAGAACUGGCAUUAAAACUGUGUGGUUGAGUGUAUUUCUUCCUUUGCCACAAUCGCUGCAUUCAAAAGUGGGUUCGCAAAAGAUAACCCGCUUAAUCUUGGGUCUGGCUCUUGCACAACCAUAGUGCUUAGGAUAGGCCCAGUAGGAUUUAAUCACUAUGCUGCUUUUUCACAUCUCAAGUGCAGCAAAAAUGAAGGAGGGGUGUGUGGCUUUGUUCCUCCCAGGGAGGUGGCAUGUCUCUUGUCUUGAAAGAGUCUUUGUUGGCUGAAGGGAUAGCCAGUACCAGUCAUAGUUCAGAGUCUAGGCACUAUUCUUCCCUGCUUUUCCCAAGCUAGGAAGAAGUUGGCACCAUGCACGUAAGUAGCCAUCUCUUUGUGUUUGUGUAAACUUUCUCCUGCCACCCCCCAAUUAUCCCUGAUUGACUCGCCAGGGAGAAAUUAGUAGGGAAGAGGUCUUCUACAAUAAUAGAUAUAUUCCAGUCCGAAGACUUCUAAACUGCUGACCCCAGACUGAAAGAAAAAUGGUGUGCAUACAAAAUGAUGCAAGACUUUUUCAUAGGUCCCACAGAGAAAAUGCAGAUAUCUUUGUAGAACCUGAGCCUGAAAGCAUUAUUGGUGACUGAUUCUAAUAACUGUAAACUAGGACUGUACAGACACCAGUCUUGUGCAGGUGUGGUUUUUUUGUCACUAUAUUCCCCAUCAGUGUGUGUGUGUCUUUUAAAAAAAUGCAUAUUCAGUGUCUCUUAACAGUUAAGGUGUACUAAUCCUACCCUGGAAAUACGUUUUACUGAAGGUGUGGGAUAUAAAUUGCAUCAAUAAACAAACGUAUAUAAACUGAUCCUUGGUGUACAUACUGUUGCUUAAGAGCAGAAGUGCUGUGCAGGAUCAGACGAAGGGCCAUUUAGUCCAGCAUUCUUGAUAAGACUGCCGGCAGCCAAUUCUCCACUCUCUGCCCACUCUGACGCUAAGUGACAGUGAGACAUAAUUAUCCAUAUGUACCUAGCUCAUGGGGACGCGGGUGGCGCUGUGGGUUAAACCACAGAGCCUAGGGCUUGCUGAUCAGAAGCUCGGCGGUUUCGAAUCCCCGCGACGGGGUGAGCUCCUAUUGCUCGGUCCCUGCUCCUGCCCACCUAGCAGUUCGAAAGCACGUCAAAAGUGCAAGUAGAUAAAUAGGUACCACUCCAGCGGGAAGGUAAACCGUGCGCUGCUCUGGUUGGCCAGAAGCAGCUUAGUCAUGCUGGCCACAUGACCCGGAAGCUGUAUGCCAGCUCCCUUGGCCAAUAAAGUGAGAUGAGCGCCGCAACCCCAGAGUUGUUUGCGACUGGACCUAACGGUCAGGGGUCCCUUUACCUUUAUUUACCUCGCUCAUAGUACCAUUUCUAAGGAAGGAAAGAUUUUAAAUGAGUUUGGGAUGGGAAAUAUUUGUGGAAUUUUUGUCCCAGAACUCUACAAAUGGGUCAUUUUCAAAUCUAACAGGAAAAGACAAUCAGCAUCAUAGUUCCCAUGGUGAUGUGGCUCAAAUGAAUGGCGUUCAGCCGGAAGAAAUCAGCAAAUUGCAUGGGGAGAUAGAAGAAUGGAAACACAAGCUUGAACUGUUGCAGGAACAACUGAAGGAACGAGAUUCUUUGAUUGAAAGCUUGGUGAGUACAUGAGUGUCAGCUAUUGAUACCUGAUAUGAAAAUUCCAGUCCAUCUUUUUCUUGGGUAAAAUGCUGAUCAGAAAAGGCUUGUUUUCUUGCUCAGAUCAGAGGCAGGCAAGUUCCUGAUACCAGGGGAAGAAGGCAUUGGUCCCAUUGUCACUUUUUAUUCCUUAGUUGAACAGACUGGUUAAUGGGAAAGAAUGUGACUUUCAGUAUGGAUAUGUUUGUUUGUAAGACUUUUAUCCCAUCGUAAUGCACAUAGCCUCAAGGCAGUGGCUUGCGAUAACAAAAGGAAAAAAUAAAUACGGCUGAUGAAACCACCUUGAAACACCAGUACAGAGAAAUGUAUUUAAAUGGGCUUUGGAUGUUUUUAACAGCUAUUUUGUUAAAGGCAAAAGAGAACAAGACAGAUUUCAUUGACUGCCUAAAAAAUAGUAAAGAAGGCACAAAGCAUGUCUAGGCUGGGGUGUCCAUGGUUUGGGUACCACUGCUAUAAAUGUCCUUUUUUCAGUAGCUACUUAUCUAAUCUCCAAAAGUGGUCUUCAGAUGGGACUCUGUGGCAGAUCCUAACUGCUGAGACCAACAAUUGCCUGUUGUUUUAAAUGCUAUCAUAACCUGUUGGUUGUUCACAGCCAUUAUUGAAGUUUCUUUUAAUGAUUUUCAGUCCACUAUUGGAAGUGACUUCCAUACAUGUGUCCUCACAAGGCUAAAAUGGAUAUGCUGACCUAAUAACCUUAUGAGUGUCAAUAUCUGAAUUGUAAGGAGGCACAUGUAGUAAAUGCUUCCAACUUGAUAAUCAUAGUCACUGAUUUGUUGCAGCAUUUCUCUGAAUGGUUGUUAAGUAAUGGAGGCAGUGUAGUCACAAGCAAUAUGUAAAAUCUGCAGUGCUGCUUGUUCAUUGGCAAAUUGUCAAGUAGUGGAUCGGGAUGGAAAAGGCAUUAUUCCUUCCUCUUAUUUUGGUUUUAAAUACCUAUACCAGAGCUGACAUAAUAAUAAUAAUCACCAACACCUGCAUGGAAAAUUGAGUUCUAUGCCAUGUAUGUCAAAAUAUGUCAUUAUAUUGCAUAUUUUGUAUCUGCUGUUCGUGGGCAGAGUGGCAAUGGUCUGUACUACAGUGGUACCUCGGGUUAAGUACUUAAUUCAUUCCGGAGGUCCAUACUUAACCUGAAACUGUUCUUAACCUGAAGCACCACUUUAGCUAACGGGGCCUCCUGCUGCCGCUGUGCCACCUGAGCACGAUUUCUGUUCUCGCCCUGAAGCAAAGUUCUUAACCUGAGGCACUAUUUCUGGGUUAGCAGAGUCUGUAACCUGAAGCGUAUGUAACCCGAGGUACCACUGUACUUCCUGAAUCCUUCUGAUCACUGAAAACGCUGCAGCGCGUAUCUUCUUGUUUCAAAGACGGCAUCAGGCACUGCCACAAACUUGUCAGCCUAUAACUGAAGCCAAAAGGGCUUGCUUUUAAAAAAGAAAAUGUUUGAGUUUCUCAGGAUUUAUGGAAGUGCUUUGUUAAAAAAUCCUUAUCCUUUUUAAAUAAAUGUUUCCUUCGUUAAUAUCCGAUAUUUGCAGAAGCUUUCGCCCGCAGCAGGAGGAACAACAACAGAGCAGUCUUCACAAACGAACAAACCAAGUGGCCCUGACGUUGACAGAGAACUAUAUAAAGUAAGAAUUCCUGUUGCUUCCGUAAGAUAUUCUGUCGUGACUGCUGCUGUUUGAGAACAUGGUUCCUCCCCAGUUGCAAUCUGUGAAGGUACCCUUAGUAGGAAACCUGAUCGAAAAGUAGCAUUAUAUACCAUAUUUUUUGCUCUGUAGGACGCACCGGACCAUAGGAGGGGGAGAACAGGGAAAAAAAUUUCUCCCUCUCUCUGCUCAGCGCCCCUUCAGCGAAGCGGCAGGAGAAAGGGAGCCCCUUCCAUGUCUCCUCCUGCUUCACUGAAGGGGCGCUUCGCAGAGAGGGAAAACUGUGCAGCGCCUCUCCAGCAAAGCGAAGCCUGGAGAGCAAGAGGGAUCGGUGUGCACCGACCCCUCUCACUCUCCAGGCGGGCAUCCGCUAGCCUUCAGGGCGCAGCGGGAACUCCUGCUGCGCUCCGAAGGCUUGCGGAUAGCUGCCUGAAGCCCCCAGAGCGCAGCCUUUGAAGCCUCCUCAGAGCAGCAGGGUGCCUUCACCCCGCUGCCCGGCGGAGCCUUUGCGCAGCCAUCCCCAAGCUAGAACAGCGAGACGGAGGGUGGAGACGCUCCUUCAGGUAUACUGGACCGAGGCCGUUUAGGGCUUUAAAGGUCAGCACCAACAUUUUAAAUUGUGCUUGGAAACGUACUGGGAGAUAAAUGGGUACCGCUCCGGCAGGAAGGUAAACGGCGUUUCCGUGCGCUGCUCUGGUUCUCCAGAAGCGGCUUAGUCAUGCUGGCCACAUGACCUGGAAGCUGUACGCCGGCUCCCUCAGCCAAUAAAGCGAGAUGAACGCCGCAACCCCAGAGUCGCCCACGAUUGGACCUAAUGGUCAGGGGUCCCUUUACCUUUACCUUUACCACCGUAUUACAUUGUUCUUUUUUAUAGCGCGUUGAAACUGUCUGUCGACAAACGCCGCUCCCUUGGCCGGAAAGCAAGAUCAGCACCCCAACCCCAUAGUCGCCUUUGACUGGACUUAACUGUCCAGGGGUCCUUUACCUUUACCUUUACCUUACACUCAUAAAAGGGACACAGGUGGCGCUGUGGUGUAAACCACUGAGCCUUGGGCUUGCCGAUCAGAAGGUCAGCAGUUCAAAUCCCCGCGACGGGGUGAGCUCCCGUUGCUCGGUCCCUGCUCCUGCCAACCUAGCAGUUCGAAAGCACGUCAAAGUGCAAGUAGAUAAAUAGGUACCGCUCUGGCGGGAAGGUAAACAGUGUUUCAGUGUGCUGCUCUGGUUCGCCAGAAGCGGCUUAGUCAUGCUGUACUCCGGCUCCCUCAGCCAAUAAAGCGAGAUGAGUGCCGCAACCCCAGAGUCGUCCACGACUGGACCUAAUGGUCAGGGGUCCCUUUACCUUUACCUUCCUUGUCUGAUCCAUCCCUGGCAACCUACCAUGGGAGUUGGGCCCGCUAACACCUGGCAGCAUCCCUGGCCACAACCACUAUUUGGACAUUCAUUUGCAAAGCCGAAUCCAAGAGUCCACCCCCCCAAACGGCAAGUUUGCUUUUUUAAGGGGAGCACCACCCCAUCCAAAACAGGCUGAAUCCUUAUUUCAGCACCACGCUCUCCUAACCAGGAGUACCUUUGAAAUGCAAAAACAUUGUUCUGGAGUAAGUAUAUCGGUGUGUAAUGAAUGAAGGUCUGCAGGGUUAAAGAAAUUGAAAAAUGGUGCAAGAGGCAUAAAGAUAGAGGUAAUCUACACUAGACACAACAGUACAGAAAGGCGAAAGAUUUAUACGAUCUAAAGAGAAACCAGAGUAUAUAGGAUUUAUGAAAGAAGGAUUUAUAUCUAGAUGUUUGGAUAGAGAGGAUAAAGAAAACAGGAAAACAGGAAGACACAAUGAGAGAUAAAGGAGGUGCUGUGGGAUUGGUGGAAGUCAAUGUCUUGCUGUUGUUUUAGUGUUUAUAUUAUUAACUUGUAAGAUAUGGAUUUGUUUGUUUUUUUGUUUUGUUUUUGUUUUAGUAUUCGAAUGUUGAUUUUUGUGUGUUGUGUAUUGUUAUUUUUUGAUGUCUUUCGUGUUGUUGUUGUGUGGAAAAUACUAAUAAAAUUAAUUUAUUUUAAAAAAAAUACAGAAAGAUUAAAAACUAUGAGGUCUCAGAACAAAGGAAGGAAGUCAAUAUGUGUAUAUGUACGUAACAGUUAGUAUAAUGAUAUGGUUUUCUUUGUAGAUGUGAUUUUUAUUUUUGUUUUCUUUUUUUCUUUUUUUUCUUUUGUUUUGCUUUGCCUUGUUUGUUCUGCUUUGUUUUUAAAAAUAAGAAAAAAAAAUGAGUUGUGUGCAUUGGUGAUGCCCUCCAAACCUCUGGAAAAUCCUCCCCAUUAGCUCCAUGUCCUACUUCUGUUUGCAAACAAUGCUAUUAUCUUAACAGAAUAAUUGAUUUAUUUUUCACCCCCUUCACAGGAAGUUGAAACCCUGAGGGCGCAAAUCCAGUCACAGUCCACAGACAUUAUUAAACUUCAGAGUGAAAAGCAAGAACUGCUUCAAAAACUGGUAAUAUAAGACUUUCACUCCUAUCUUUUUGUCCUUGUAUUGUUUCUAUGGGAUGUAAUAAACAGUAAUGGUCCUCUUGUCUCCUUCAACUGACCAGCAGAAUCCAUAAAUAGCCAUAGUCUUUUCUUAUACCACAUAAGCUCUAGCGGCCCACAUUCACACAGAUUGUCUGAUUUGUUGCGUUAGCUGUACUUUGCCGCACAGAACGCAUUGCAGGUGUUGGACCAAAUAUAUCUCCUGUACCCUGUCAGUCUUGUUGAGUCUUCUUUGUUUUGCAGAGCAUAGCCCCGGUUCCUGUAUCAGGAGACGAUGGCACCAUUAUGGUAGCAAAGACAGCCGACUUGGAAAGAAGACUCUCAAUGCUCUUGCAAGAGAAUAAAGAACUAAAGGUUGUUUCCCAAUUAAAAAAUACCACGUUUUUAAUUUAAGUGUUCAGUUAAGAUUUGCCGAAGUGGCGGCUUCAUCCUUGCUCAACUCAACACUGGGGUGGGAAAGGGGCAGAUAUCACAAAUUAGAAAUGUUCCCAUAGGAAAUAAUGGAAAUUGUGGACUCAUUAUGCAAACGCUCACCUAACAGAUGAUUUCCUGGGAUCGUUGUUGUUGUUUUUUUAUAAGUGGAACCUGCAUGUUCACAUUCAGUGGAUUGUAUAAUCACCCUGAGAUACUUGAUUUUCAAUAGCCAUAGCUCACUGGUAGAACAAUUGCAUGAGAUCUCCAAGUUCAACACGUCGAUUAAACAAAUCGCUAUCCACUGCUGGGAGACCGCUUAGCUGGAGCCGGCAGAACCGCCUUAACAAGUUCUGUUGCUUAGAAUAAUUAGUUUCCAUAGAGAUGUCAAAAUGUUGUUGUUUAGUCGUUUAGUCGUGUCCGAUUCUUUGAGACAUCAUGGACCAGAGCACGCCAGGCACUCCUGUCUUCCACUGCCUCGUGCAGUUUGGUCAAACUCAUGCUGGUAGCUUCGAGAACACUAUCCAACCAUCUCGUCCUCUGCCGUCCCCUUCUCCUUGUGCCCUCCAUCUUUCCCAACAUCAGGGUCUUUUCCAGGGAGUCUUCUCUUCUUAUGAGGUGGCCAGAGUAUUGGAGCCUCAGCUUCAGGAUCUGUCCUUCCAGUGAGCACUCAGGGCUGAUUUCCUUAAGAAUGGAUAGGUUUCUUAAGAAUGGAUAGGUGCUACACUCAAUAUGCCAGCAAGUUUGGAAAACUCAGCAGUGGCCAAAGGAUUGGAGAAGAUCAGUCUACAUCCCAAUCCCAAAGAAUGGCAGUGCCAAAGAAUGCUCCAACUACCGCACAAUUGCACUCAUUUCACACGCUAGCAAGGUUAUGCUUAAAAUUCUACAAGGAAGGCUCAAGCAGUAUGUGGACCGAGAACUCCCAGAAGUGCAAGCUGAAUUUAGAAGAUGUCAAAAUAAACUGGUAUAAUAGAGAUGUCAAAAUAAACUGGUAAAGUGUAACUUCACUACUGAAGGAUUUUUGCCAUUCCUUGGGGAAUAUUUUGGAAGGCUAACAUAUGUUUUUCAUGGUGGUAUAGUCUGUCCAAUCCAAAUUUUUAAGACAGAAUUUUUCUGUACCACCUUGUGUCCGAAACGCAGUAUUACAACUGGAGGCAAGUCUUCCCUCUGUAGAAGCUCGGUCCUGGCAAAGAACUCUUAAUUAUUGGCUCUGUCUAAAUCUAAAUCCACCCGGUCUACUGCCCUUAGUGACACAAGACCCCCAUAAAAGUGUGUGGUCUAAAAUUGUGCACCAAAAAUUCCUCUCCUGCCGACUCCACCCACAUCAGCUUCUCACAAUGGGCUUUAUUAAAGCAAAAAGGCUAAUUGGACAGCGUCUGAAGAACUUAGAGCAACAGAACAAUCUGACCACUAUAAAGAAACUCUGUCCUUGAUUGGAAGACACAAGAUUUACCCACCCGGGAAGAAUGGCAGAUGAAGUUGAUGGACUAUAUGGAACUGGCAGAAAUGACUGGCAGAAUCCGAGACCAGGGAGAAGAGUCGGUGGAAGAAGAUUGGAAAAAAUUUAAAGACUAUUUACAGAAAUACUGUAAAAUUAAUGAAUGUUAGGAAAAUGUUGGAAUGAAGUUAUAUGGCUUUAGUAGAAAUGUUAUAAGGAAUUAAGUACAGAUAGGUUAAUAGAGCAUUAAAGGAAAAAUAAGGUUAGAAUGAGUUAAGAUAAUUAUAGGAUAGAAAACAGAGGAAGAUGGAAAGGAAUUGCUGAAAUAAUUAACAGAAGUGGAAUACAAAAAGGGAGGUGUGAGGAGGUCAUGGAAAUAAGUGAAUGAAAGAUGGGAUAAUGAAAUUGUUUGAUUUAUUUUAUUGUUUUUGUUUCGUUUUGUUAGUUUGAUGUGUUGUAUUGUAUUGUCUUUUUAGUGUUUAAGUUUUUGGAAAAAUAAUAAAUAUUAUUUUGUUUUAAAAAAAGAAACUCUGUCCUUGGUAUGCCUUUCCCCCCCUUCUCAGUUUUAUUCCCUGGCACCAUAUUUGUAUAAAUUAACUAUCCCAAAAUACAGACGUGCCUUCACACUGGCCAGAUUGGAUGUGAUGCACUCUUCCGUACUUGAGGGCAGAUACCAAAAGAUUCCAACUGAGAAACGACUCUGCCCCUGUGCAAUCUGGAAACGGUGGCUCCUGUUCUCCUGUCCUGUCCCCUUUAUAAAGAUCUGAGGAAUGAGAUCACCCCACUCUUACUUUCCAUCCCAGGCCGCCCAUCUGCGGCCAUCUUGUUCUUUCUUUUAUCAGAUCAAAAUGAUCAGGCAACAGCAAAGGUUUAUCGAAGGUGCAGUGAGAUUAAGGGCCACUAUCUGAACGAUAGUCUUGGUCAUUUGAUUGCCCUUUUUACCCAUUGUUGUCUUUUUAAUUGUAUAUAUUGCUUGUUUUAUGUUGCUAUGGCCGUUGGCUAAUGCAAAUAAAGUUUAUCUAUCUAUGGUGGUAUAAUAAGGGCACAUUAUCUUCAAACACCAACCUUCCUCUAGUUCCGUGGUUCCCAAAGUGGGACACACGCCCUACAGGGGGGCAAUUUGAUUUUUGGGGGGAGCAAUUCGAGAAUGAGUUAUGGACAGUUAAUGGCCUUUUAGGCUUCCUCCAUGUUAAUAGGAAUUCACUUUUUGAAUACAGUGGUGCCUCGCAAGACGAAAAGAAUCCGUUCGGCGAGUCUCUUCAUCUUGCGGUUUUUUCGUCUUGCAAAGCAAGCCCAUUAGCGGAUUAGUGCUAUUAGCGGAUUAGCAGGCUUAGCGGAUCAGCUGAUUAGCGGCUUAGCGGAUCAGCUGAUAAGCGGCUUAGUGGCUUAAUGGAUCAGCUGUUAAGCGGCUUAGCGGAUCAGCUGAUAAGCGGCUUAGCGAUCAGCUGUUAAGCGGCUUAGCGAUCAGCUGAUAAGCGGCUUAGCGGAUCAGCUGAUAAGCGGCUUAGCGGAUCAGCUGAUAAGCGGCUUAGCGGAUCAGCUGAUAAGCGGCUUAGCGGAUCAGCUGAUAAGCGGCUUAGCGGAUCAGCUGAUAAGCGGCUUAGCGGAUCAGCUGAUAAGCGGCUUAGCGGAUCAGCUGAUAAGCGGCUUAGCGGCUUGGGAAAAGGGGGGGGGAACCCGCAGGAACUCGCAAGACAUUUUCGUCUUGCGAAGCAAGCCCAUAGGAAAUUCGUUUUGCGAAGCACCUCCAAAACGGAAAACCCUUACGUCUAGCGGGUUUUCCGUCUUGCGAGGCAUUCAUCUUGCGGGGCACCACUGUAAUAAGAAUUAUAUGUAACCGGGGGGGUGUAUGUGUCAGGAUUUUAGAGAUGCUUAGGUGGGGCAUGGCCAAGAAAUGUUUCGGAACCACUGCUCUAGUUACUUAGAGAUAGUGCCUUUAGAAAGCUUACACUUCAAUGAAUGCUAUCUGCACAUUUUUAAGGAAGAUACUUGGAUAAUCUGGUGGAGGGUGGGUUUUUGGGUGUAAUCAUAUUAUAAAUUAUUCUUCCCAUUAUGUACGGAUCCAGGCAGGGGGGAUCUCGUUACAUGUUCUGCCACACUAUUUGGCUUAAGCACCACAAGUUUUAGAUUACUUCCACAGUGGCAUUGUUUGCUAUAGCCUCUGAGAAACUCUGUGUGCAUUUUCUGACAAAUUUAUGACUAAGCCGAAUUGAUUCACAUAGCCUAUUGAGGGAGUAUAUGCCAAAUCCAGUGUACUGUACAAUCAGGGUAAAUAAUUCCAGACUGAACUGUCUGACUUUGUAGAAGGCAGCUUCAUAUGUUUAUAAAAUUCCUCACCCAAAAUGUGAGGAAAGAAUUGCUUGGUGCUUGUCCUUGUAUCAAAUCUCUGUCCAUUUAGCUCCAUAUGGAUUGAGCACGGAGGGAAGGGAAGUGAGGAUUCUGAUUACAGCGGGUCACUUUUAUUUUUUUAAGGCCCCUUGUUUGGGACAUCCAGGAUAGCUUUCAUAUUAAAGUACUGUUUUGGUACCAGAUGGGUGGCGUUAGCAAUUUUAGCCGUGAUGUAUUCUAAUAUUUCCCCCUCCCUCUCCUGCCAGAAUGAAAUUGCGGCCCACGGCGAGGAAAAGGCUUCACUGAAGCAGCAGCUGGACUCAUCCAACAGUACUGUGGCUAUUUUGCAAAACGAGAAAAGCAAAUUGCAGAAAGAAGUCGCAGAAUCUAAGAAGGAACAGGACGAUCUGCUGGUUCUUCUGGCUGAUCAGGAUCAGAAAAUAAUUGCGUUAAAGGAUAAGCUCAAGGAGCUUGGAGAACCGGUAAGAUGAACGUUCAUUAGGUUUGCGCGUUUGAUUUUUCCAAUCAUGGAAAGCAAACAGCCCAGUUUUAGUCUGGAUUGGCAACAUUUUUGCUGCUCUGAUGAUGAGCAGAGCCAGAAGAAGUAUUCUGGAUUAACUAAUUUGGAAUAAAGGCUGCCCUGCUUUAGUUUUCAUUGACUUUAGUACUGUAUUCAUGUGCUGUAGCAGACAGGCUCCAACCAUCUCAGAGGAGGCUUUCAUCCUCCUCUUCUCAUCCACGGUUUUGCAAGUAUUUAUGUCAAAAGCAGUUUUAACGUACGUUCUAAGUUUUUAGUAAACGUCUUAUUUUUACAAAACAUUUUAUUUACAGUUAAAACAAUUUAUUUCUAUUUAUUUAAUUUGCAUAUCACCCUUCAUCCAUAGAUCUCAAAGCGGUUCACAACAUAAAAAUACAAGAUAAAAACACAAAAUACGUAACAAAAGCACACCACCACCACCCCCCAGUAAAAUUAAUGCCAUUUUUAAAAAUAAAAUGCCAUUUAAAAAAUCUGUCCAGUUAAUUGUUGGACAUGCAGAAUACGUUUUGUCCGUCAACUAAAUGCCGCAACCUCUUUUUUCUUUUAAAGGUUGAAGAUGACGAUGAACUGGAAUCUGGUGACCAAGGUGAGGAAGAUGAAGGGGACGACGAAGACGACGAGGAAGAUAAUUAAGCUUUAUUGUGUCAAAUAUGGGAAUCCUGUACUGCAUUAUAAGAAUAAAUGUUGAUGGCCUUGUGAUGCAAAAUACCUGGUUAAAGAAGCGGAAGGAUCACUAGAACUAGUCCUGAGUUUCUGGUGUGAAGUUGGGAAAUGCUUUGUAGCUGAAACAGAAGUCUGCCGUUUUAAGUUUUACAUGCACAUCCGAACCGAAUUGUUAACACACUAGAAGCUGUUUUAGAUGCUUUCCUGAAGCAUUGGAAGGUAACAGUUUGGUUAACCAAGCGUGUUGGCAUUUGCAUAUGUUCCGUGUGUUUGUCAUUACUUAUCUAAUUUGGAUCUUCGGUGUGAUUAAAUAUGGUAUGUAUAUGGUUUAACAUCUGUUGAAUGAAAUCAUUGCUUCCUGUAUUCAGCAUGGAGAGAACUCGGACUCUUUCUUGCUACUUCAAAACAGAAAUUAUUACUGAAGUGUAUGGGACUGGCAAGUUAAGGGGUUUUAACCUUUUGGCUGCUUGUUGGUGGGUUUCAGAUUGAGAGGAACUGUAGAGCAUUGAGUGCCUUGCGCCUGAAACGGCUGCAUUCUGUACCUCAGAGGAAAAAGAGAAACCGAAACAACUUGGGAGGGAUUUCCGUAGACAAAUAGCAGCGUUUGGUAGCAUAUUAAAACAAAAUUUUAUUUUUAGCAAAAACCCAUGCAGAAGUUUUAAGAUGCUACCAGAUUAUCACGUUAAAAACAAGCCUUUUGUUCUGUUAUUAAAAUCACAUACUGAUCGAUUAUAAUUUAUUGACUUUUGCGCCCAAUAGGUAAGAUUUUUAAAAAGAGAAAUUAAGUGCAGUUGCUGCAUCAACUUGCUGUUUUGGUAAUAAAAAUAGAUGCUAUAACUAUUUAGUAUUCAUUUACUUGGUUUACUUCUGACUGCUUUAAAUCACGUUUCUUGAAUGCUGCUGUAUUUGAAAUAGUCUUAAUUUUUUUUUUAAAAAAAAAAGAUUGACUUGUUAAAGUGCUAUCAAACAUGGCAUCUAUCAGGGAAACGUGGCAAAUUGGUGAAGAUGUUUGCAAAAUUUGUAGAGCUGUUUCUGUUCAUUCCAAUUAUUGACUCAGCUUACAGAACAGUUACUUCUUAACUCUAAAGUAAGUAGGAUUUGGGCCAAUGCUAUACAAAAAUGUAUUUUUAGAUACUCUAUUUUGUACUUACCAGUUUGUCAAGAUACAGGUAACAUAAGCUGAGUUGCAGCAAAAUAAAUUGGAACGCUACCUCGAUAUUGUAAUCCCUCUUUGGAAAUAUGGAUAUUCCAUGUGCAAAAGGCUUUCUGCUGUCCAACAUGGGUUGUUUUGGGCUGUUUUAACCAAUAUAUCUGCUUCUAUGUGCAAGGAACAGGAAGGGUUACACUUCAAUAUUGCAAACUGUAGGAACUAGUUGCCCACAGAACUCAGUUAACUUCAGGGACUGACGUUCAGCAGCCCUAAUUCACAGUGGCAAGUUAUGGUAAAAAGGUAAAGGGACCCCUGACCGUUAGGUCCAGUCGUGGCCGACUGUGGGGUUGCGACGCUCAUCUCGCUUUAUUGGCCGAGGGAGCCGGCGUUCAGCUUCCAGGUCAUGUGGCCAGCAUGACUAAGCCGCUUCUGGCAAACCAGAGCAGCGCACGGAAACGCCGUUUACCUUCCCGCCAGUGCGGUACCUAUUUAUCUACUUGCACUUUGACGUGCUUUCGAACUGCUAGGUUGGCAGGAGCAGGGACCGAGCAACGGGAGCUCACCCCAUCGCAGGGAUUCGAACCGCUGACCUUCUGAUCGGCAAGUCCUAGGCUCUGUGGUUUAACCCACAGCGCCACCCGCACUUUCACCAAACUUUGUGUUGUAGCAGCUCUUCAGUGCCGCCAGCAGUUGUCUUUCCCAGCCCUUUUAAACUUUCCCCCAGGCCUCUUUUUAACUGGAAUAAUUUGUUAAAAUGCAUUCAUAACUAGCAACAGGUUGUGCGGAAGUUUUAAAGCUAUCUCAUAGGAACAGAAUUUGCACGUGUAUAAUUGCAUGCAAGGUUUUUAAAGUUGGCCCCUUCCCAAAGCGGUCUUCUAAAUAAUAAUUUAAUUUCAAAUUAAAUCUUCUUUGCCUCUGUG